UACCAGAAAGUGAACCUCGCAUUUGUCGUCGAUGGAUCAGCUAGUGUUGAAUUACAGGGAGCUGGUAACUUCGGCAAGCUGAAAGAGUUUGUCAAGAGACUCGUUGGCUCAUUCAAGAUAAGCACCGACGAUGCACACAUUGCGCUAGUGAUGUACUCAACAACCGCCAAGACAGAGUUUACUUUGAACAAGUUCUCCAGCGUUUCAGAUGUGCUUGCGGCGAUAGAUGCGUUGACAUACCCAUCAGGGUCUUCUUAUACUGGCAAAGCGCUUGAGAUGACCAAGACUGAGAUCUUUGACAAAGCCCCAAGGAAAGAUGCACUGAAUACUGUGAUUGUGAUAACUGAUGGUGAAUCGCAAGACUCAGUGUCAAGUACAGCUAAAGUUUUACGCGAUUCUGGUGUAACGGUUAUAAGUGUCGGUGUGGGCUGCUGUUCGCCUAAGAAAACACUUGAAGAAAUGGCGUCUAGUCCAGAAUAUGUGUUUACAAGUGCGUUUGAUGAUCUAGCUUUGAUUGAAGAGAACAUCAGGGAGAAGAUAUGUUUGGUUGUUGACAAGUGUGCUACCAAUCCUUGCAAGAACAGUGGGACUUGUACUAGCGUCUACUCAGACUUCAAUUGUACUUGUUCGAGUGGCUUUCAAGGGAAAGACUGCUCUCUUGAUGUAGAUGAAUGUAAAUCUUCACCAUGCAACAAAAACCAGAACUGCAUCAACUCGUUCGGAUCAUUCACCUGUGUCUGUAAAGCCGGCUUCAAAGGAGACAACUGCGAAACAGAUAUCGACGAGUGUCUAAACUUGCCUUGCAAACACGGAGGCACAUGCAACAACAAAGGCGGGUCCUACUCCUGUGAAUGCUCAACUGCUUAUGUCGGCAAAAAUUGUAAACAAAAUUUCACCGAUCCUACACUGGACGUUUUGUUUCUGUUGGAUGGCGCAAGUGAGGUCGGAGCUGACACUUUCUUAAAAUUCAUUAACUUCACCAAAAAGUUUAUCGAGCCAUUCACGAUUUCGGAAAACAAAACAAACGUUGCAGCGGGUGUGUUUGCCGAUGUUGGCAAGAUAGAGUUCCUGUUCACAGAGAAUUACGAUAAACCAUCGGUGUUGGCUGCUCUAGAUGGCAUUGCUUAUCCCAACAAGAAUGCUAGAAAUCUGUCUGAUGCACUGAUUAAGGCUAAGGAUGAGGCAUUCACGAAAGAUCGUGAUUCUGCACCGGAUAUUGUGGUCAUUCUGACGGACAAGAUAACAGAAAACGUGACGUUCCCCGCCAAAGCGCUAAAGGAUGAUGGAGUCAGAGUGUUUGUUAUAGCUAUAGGCGAAGACAAGAACGAUCCAUUACUGAGAGACGUACCAUCUGACCCGAAGGAAGAUCACCUGUUUACUCCUUUAAUUGAAGACCUUGAGCCGAUGCUGCCAGAGAUCCUUGGUGAAGUUCUUGCAGAUAUUGAACCCUGUACGAAAAAUCCUUGUCUGAAUGGAGGAACAUGCAUCCCCUCCGGACCUAGUGUCUACACUUGUACUUGUACCCCUGGUAUAACCGGCGCUAAUUGUGAAACCGAUGUCGACGAAUGCAGUAAUUCCAGUCUGUGUGGAGCCGAUAGAAUGUGUGUCAACACUUAUGGGAGCUUCCUUUGUCUUUGUACAGAAGAUAAAUACGGGCCACACUGCAAUUACACCUGCAAGUCUGGCAUUGAUUUGGUAUUUGCUGUUGACGGAUCUACUUUUGUUGGAUCGAGCAAUUUCCGCAAAUCGUUGGAAUACGCAAGAGCUGUGACUAGUUCCCUGAAUAUUUCUGAAUCUGCAACUCACGUUGGUGUCACAGUCUAUGGGAAGGUUGGACAAGCGGCGGUCUCCCUCAAGCAGUACUAUGACAAAAUUAGUCUGACAAAAGCCAUCUCCAACGUAUCCUAUCCUAACGGGUUUGCAAGACAUCUUGGAGAGGGCUUGAAUCGUUCGAAAACGCACCAGUUUGACGUGUCAGGCCGUUCUACUAAGCAAGUCCUGAUAGUGUUGAUUGGUGGGAAGUCAGAUGACGAUCCAACAGUUGCUGCCUACGAGCUCUUGAAUUCUGGCACUGAAGUGUUUGUUCUAGGAUUGGGAAGCACCAACUCCUUGUCACAAUUAAAUCAAGUUGCAUCUGACCCGGACAGUAAGCACGUUAUUCUUAAGGAAUACCAGGGUCUUGCCGCCUAUGUAAGACAAACAAAGAUGGAAGUUUGCCAGGUUGCGGAUCAGUGUUCCAGUAAUCCAUGUCAGAACAAUGCGGAGUGCAAAACCGCUGGAUCAACAUUCACCUGCUCUUGCACGGCUGGAUUUACAGGAGAUCUAUGUGACAAGGAGGUAGAUCCAUGCAACCCAACUCCAUGUCAGAACGGAGGGACUUGUAGUUUGAUUUCUAACGGAACGGACUUCUCGUGUACCUGUGCACUGAGUUUUACUGGAAAGAACUGUACAACUGACAUCGAUGAAUGUUCCGACCCGGAAUUAUGCAAAAACGGUGGUUUGUGCCAGAAUAAAGAAGGGGGAUACACGUGCAAUUGCACCUCCUCCUUCUCAGGAAAGAAUUGCGAAUUUGCUUGUAGCUACCAGAAAGUGAACCUCGCAUUUGUCGUCGAUGGAUCAGCUAGUGUUGAAUUACAGGGAGCUGGUAACUUCGGCAAGCUGAAAGAGUUUGUCAAGAGACUCGUUGGCUCAUUCAAGAUAAGCACCGACGAUGCACACAUUGCGCUAGUGAUGUACUCAACAACCGCCAAGGCAGAGUUUACUUUGAACAAGUUCUCCAGCGUUUCAGAUGUGCUUGCGGCGAUAGAUGCGUUGACAUACCCAUCAGGGUCUUCUUAUACUGGCAAAGCGCUUGAGAUCACCAAGACUGAGAUCUUUGACAAAGCCCCAAGGAAAGAUGCACUGAAUACUGUGAUUGUGAUAACUGAUGGUGAAUCGCAAGACUCAGUGUCAAGUACAGCUAAAGUUUUACGCGAUUCUGGUGUAACGGUUAUAAGUGUUGGUGUGGGCUGCUGUUCGCCUAAGAAAACACUUGAAGAAAUGGCGUCUAGUCCAGAAUAUGUGUUUACAAGUGCGUUUGAUGAUCUAGCUUUGAUUGAAGAGAACAUCAGGGAGAAGAUAUGUUUGGAACUGCAGCCCUGCGUUCCAUCCCCUUGUGGAAAUGGGGGAACGUGCAGGGUAAUCAACAAUGGUACUGACUACUUUUGUACUUGUGCUCCUGGGUACACUGGAGCUAACUGUACACUUGACGUGGACGAGUGCAGCAGUUCUCCUUGUCAGAACGGCGCUAGCUGCAUCAAAAAAGUUGGCCGAUACUUCUGUGAAUGCUCUACCGCUCAUGUCGGCAAAAACUGUCACAAAAAUUUCACUGACCCUGCACUUGACAUAUUGUUCCUGUUGGAUGGCUCAAAUGAAGUCGGAGUGGACAACUUCCCAAAAUUCAUUAACUUCACCAAAAAGUUCAUCGAGCCAUUCACGAUUUCGGAAAACAAUACAAACGUUGCAGCGGGUGUGUUUGCCGAUGUUGGCAAGUUAGAGUUCCUGUUCACUGAGAAUUACGACAAGCCAUCGCUGUUGGCUGCUCUAAAUGGCAUCGCUUAUCCCAACAAGAAUGCAAGAAAUCUGUCUGAUGCACUGAUAAAGGCUAAGGAUGACGCAUUCACGAAGGACCGUGAUUCUGCUCCAGACAUUGUGGUCAUUCUGACGGACAAGAUAACCGAUAACGUGACGAUUCCUGCCAAAGCGCUGAAGGAUGAUGGAGUAAGAGUGUUUGUAAUUGCUAUAGGCGAGGACAGAAACGAUCCAUUGGUGAGAGACGUAGCAUCUGAUCCGAAGGAAGAUCACUUGUUUACUCCUUCCCUUGAAGACCUCGAACCUUCGCUCCCCGAGAUCCUUGAAGGAGUCAUUGCUGAGCCGGAUCCAUGCCUCUCCAAACCAUGUGCGAACGGUGGAACAUGCAGUCCAAUUUCGUCUGGUUCGGACUAUACUUGUGCCUGUGCUGCCGGAUAUACUGGAAAGAACUGCACAGCUGACGUGGACGAGUGCAGCAGUUCUCCUUGUCAGAACGGCGCUAGCUGCAUCAAAAAAGUUGGCCGAUACUUCUGUGAAUGCUCUACCGCUCAUGUCGGCAAAAACUGUCACAAAAAUUUCACUGACCCUGCACUUGACAUAUUGUUCCUGUUGGAUGGCUCAAAUGAAGUCGGAGUGGACAACUUCCCGAAAUUCAUUAACUUCACCAAAAAGUUCAUCGAGCCAUUCACGAUUUCGGAAAACAAGACAAACGUUGCAGCGGGUGUGUUUGCCGAUGUUGGCAAGUUAGAGUUCCUGUUCACUGAGAAUUACGACAAGCCAUCGCUGUUGGCUGCUCUAAAUGGCAUCGCUUAUCCCAACAAGAAUGCUAGAAAUCUGUCUGAUGCACUGAUAAAGGCUAAGGAUGACGCAUUCACGAAGGACCGUGAUUCUGCUCCAGACAUUGUGGUCAUUCUGACGGACAAGAUAACCGAUAACGUGACGAUUCCUGCCAAAGCGCUGAAGGAUGAUGGAGUAAGAGUGUUUGUAAUUGCUAUAGGCGAGGACAGAAACGAUCCAUUGGUGAGAGACGUAGCAUCUGAUCCAAAGGAAGAUCACUUGUUUACUCCUUCCCUUGAAGACCUCGAACCUUCGCUCCCCGAGAUCCUUGAAGGAGUCAUUGCUGAGCCGGAUCCAUGCCUCUCCAAACCAUGUGCGAACGGUGGAACAUGCAGUCCAAUUUCGUCUGGUUCGGACUAUACUUGUGCCUGUGCUGCCGGAUAUACUGGAAAGAACUGCACAGCUGACGUGGACGAGUGCAGCAGUUCUCCUUGUCAGAACGGCGCUAGCUGCAUCAAAAAAGUUGGCCGAUACUUCUGUGAAUGCUCUACCGCUCAUGUCGGCAAAAACUGUCACAAAAAUUUCACUGACCCUGCACUUGACAUAUUGUUCCUGUUGGAUGGCUCAAAUGAAGUCGGAGUGGACAACUUCCCGAAAUUCAUUAACUUCACCAAAAAGUUCAUCGAGCCAUUCACGAUUUCGGAAAACAAGACAAACGUUGCAGCGGGUGUGUUUGCCGAUGUUGGCAAGUUAGAGUUCCUGUUCACUGAGAAUUACGACAAGCCAUCGCUGUUGGCUGCUCUAAAUGGCAUCGCUUAUCCCAACAAGAAUGCUAGAAAUCUGUCUGAUGCACUGAUAAAGGCUAAGGAUGACGCAUUCACGAAGGACCGUGAUUCUGCUUCAGACAUUGUGGUCAUUCUGACGGACAAGAUAACCGAUAACGUGACGAUUCCUGCCAAAGCGCUGAAGGAUGAUGGAGUAAGAGUGUUUGUAAUUGCUAUAGGCGAUGACAGAAACGAUCCAUUGGUGAGAGACGUAGCAUCUGAUCCGAAGGAAGAUCACUUGUUUACUCCUUCCCUUGAAGACCUCGAACCUUCGCUCCCCGAGAUCCUUGAAGGAGUCAUUGCUGAGCCGGAUCCAUGCCUCUCCAAACCAUGUGCGAACGGUGGAACAUGCAGUCCAAUUUCGUCUGGUUCGGACUAUACUUGUGCCUGUGCUGCCGGAUAUACUGGAAAGAACUGCACAGCUGACGUGGACGAGUGCAGCAGUUCUCCUUGUCAGAACGGCGCUAGCUGCAUCAAAAAAGUUGGCCGAUACUUCUGUGAAUGCUCUACCGCUCAUGUCGGCAAAAACUGUCACAAAAAUUUCACUGACCCUGCACUUGACAUAUUGUUCCUGUUGGAUGGCUCAAAUGAAGUCGGAGUGGACAACUUCCCGAAAUUCAUUAACUUCACCAAAAAGUUCAUCGAGCCAUUCACGAUUUCGGAAAACAAGACAAACGUUGCAGCGGGUGUGUUUGCCGAUGUUGGCAAGUUAGAGUUCCUGUUCACUGAGAAUUACGACAAGCCAUCGCUGUUGGCUGCUCUAAAUGGCAUCGCUUAUCCCAACAAGAAUGCUAGAAAUCUGUCUGAUGCACUGAUAAAGGCUAAGGAUGACGCAUUCACGAAGGACCGUGAUUCUGCUUCAGACAUUGUGGUCAUUCUGACGGACAAGAUAACCGAUAACGUGACGAUUCCUGCCAAAGCGCUGAAGGAUGAUGGAGUAAGAGUGUUUGUAAUUGCUAUAGGCGAUGACAGAAACGAUCCAUUGGUGAGAGACGUAGCAUCUGAUCCGAAGGAAGAUCACUUGUUUACUCCUUCCCUUGAAGACCUCGAACCUUCGCUCCCCGAGAUCCUUGAAGGAGUCAUUGCUGAGCCGGAUCCAUGCCUCUCCAAACCAUGUGCGAACGGUGGAACAUGCAGUCCAAUUUCGUCUGGUUCGGACUAUACUUGUGCCUGUGCUGCCGGAUAUACUGGAAAGAACUGCACAGCUGACGUGGACGAGUGCAGCAGUUCUCCUUGUCAGAACGGCGCUAGCUGCAUCAAAAAAGUUGGCCGAUACUUCUGUGAAUGCUCUACCGCUCAUGUCGGCAAAAACUGUCACAAAAAUUUCACUGACCCUGCACUUGACAUAUUGUUCCUGUUGGAUGGCUCAAAUGAAGUCGGAGUGGACAACUUCCCGAAAUUCAUUAACUUCACCAAAAAGUUCAUCGAGCCAUUCACGAUUUCGGAAAACAAGACAAACGUUGCAGCGGGUGUGUUUGCCGAUGUUGGCAAGUUAGAGUUCCUGUUCACUGAGAAUUACGACAAGCCAUCGCUGUUGGCUGCUCUAAAUGGCAUCGCUUAUCCCAACAAGAAUGCUAGAAAUCUGUCUGAUGCACUGAUAAAGGCUAAGGAUGACGCAUUCACGAAGGACCGUGAUUCUGCUCCAGACAUUGUGGUCAUUCUGACGGACAAGAUAACCGAUAACGUGACGAUUCCUGCCAAAGCGCUGAAGGAUGAUGGAGUAAGAGUGUUUGUAAUUGCUAUAGGCGAGGACAGAAACGAUCCAUUGGUGAGAGACGUAGCAUCUGAUCCGAAGGAAGAUCACUUGUUUACUCCUUCCCUUGAAGACCUCGAACCUUCGCUCCCCGAGAUCCUUGAAGGAGUCAUUGCUGAGCCGGAUCCAUGCCUCUCCAAACCAUGUGCGAACGGUGGAACAUGCAGUCCAAUUUCGUCUGGUUCGGACUAUACUUGUGCCUGUGCUGCCGGAUAUACUGGAAAGAACUGCACAGCUGACGUGGACGAGUGCAGCAGUUCUCCUUGUCAGAACGGCGCUAGCUGCAUCAAAAAAGUUGGCCGAUACUUCUGUGAAUGCUCUACCGCUCAUGUCGGCAAAAACUGUCACAAAAAUUUCACUGACCCUGCACUUGACAUAUUGUUCCUGUUGGAUGGCUCAAAUGAAGUCGGAGUGGACAACUUCCCGAAAUUCAUUAACUUCACCAAAAAGUUCAUCGAGCCAUUCACGAUUUCGGAAAACAAGACAAACGUUGCAGCGGGUGUGUUUGCCGAUGUUGGCAAGUUAGAGUUCCUGUUCACUGAGAAUUACGACAAGCCAUCGCUGUUGGCUGCUCUAAAUGGCAUCGCUUAUCCCAACAAGAAUGCUAGAAAUCUGUCUGAUGCACUGAUAAAGGCUAAGGAUGACGCAUUCACGAAGGACCGUGAUUCUGCUCCAGACAUUGUGGUCAUUCUGACGGACAAGAUAACCGAUAACGUGACGAUUCCUGCCAAAGCGCUGAAGGAUGAUGGAGUAAGAGUGUUUGUAAUUGCUAUAGGCGAGGACAGAAACGAUCCAUUGGUGAGAGACGUAGCAUCUGAUCCGAAGGAAGAUCACUUGUUUACUCCUUCCCUUGAAGACCUCGAACCUUCGCUCCCCGAGAUCCUUGAAGGAGUCAUUGCUGAGCCGGAUCCAUGCCUCUCCAAACCAUGUGCGAACGGUGGAACAUGCAGUCCAAUUUCGUCUGGUUCGGACUAUACUUGUGCCUGUGCUGCCGGAUAUACUGGAAAGAACUGCACAGCUGACGUGGACGAGUGCAGCAGUUCUCCUUGUCAGAACGGCGCUAGCUGCAUCAAAAAAGUUGGCCGAUACUUCUGUGAAUGCUCUACCGCUCAUGUCGGCAAAAACUGUCACAAAAAUUUCACUGACCCUGCACUUGACAUAUUGUUCCUGUUGGAUGGCUCAAAUGAAGUCGGAGUGGACAACUUCCCGAAAUUCAUUAACUUCACCAAAAAGUUCAUCGAGCCAUUCACGAUUUCGGAAAACAAGACAAACGUUGCAGCGGGUGUGUUUGCCGAUGUUGGCAAGUUAGAGUUCCUGUUCACUGAGAAUUACGACAAGCCAUCGCUGUUGGCUGCUCUAAAUGGCAUCGCUUAUCCCAACAAGAAUGCUAGAAAUCUGUCUGAUGCACUGAUAAAGGCUAAGGAUGACGCAUUCACGAAGGACCGUGAUUCUGCUCCAGACAUUGUGGUCAUUCUGACGGACAAGAUAACCGAUAACGUGACGAUUCCUGCCAAAGCGCUGAAGGAUGAUGGAGUAAGAGUGUUUGUAAUUGCUAUAGGCGAGGACAGAAACGAUCCAUUGGUGAGAGACGUAGCAUCUGAUCCGAAGAAAGAUCACUUGUUUACUCCUUCCCUUGAAGACCUCGAACCUUCGCUCCCCGAGAUCCUUGAAGGAGUCAUUGCUGAGCCGGAUCCAUGCCUCUCCAAACCAUGUGCGAACGGUGGAACAUGCAGUCCGAUUUCGUCUGGUUCGGACUAUACUUGUGCCUGUGCUGCCGGAUAUACUGGAAAGAACUGCACAGCUGACGUGGACGAGUGCAGCAGUUCUCCUUGUCAGAACGGCGCUAGCUGCAUCAAAAAAGUUGGCCGAUACUUCUGUGAAUGCUCUACCGCUCAUGUCGGCAAAAACUGUCACAAAAAUUUCACUGACCCUGCACUUGACAUAUUGUUCCUGUUGGAUGGCUCAAAUGAAGUCGGAGUGGACAACUUCCCGAAAUUCAUUAACUUCACCAAAAAGUUCAUCGAACCAUUCACGAUUUCGGAAAACAAGACAAACGUUGCAGCGGGUGUGUUUGCCGAUGUUGGCAAGUUAGAGUUCCUGUUCACUGAGAAUUACGACAAGCCAUCGCUGUUGGCUGCUCUAAAUGGCAUCGCUUAUCCCAACAAGAAUGCUAGAAAUCUGUCUGAUGCACUGAUAAAGGCUAAGGAUGACGCAUUCACGAAGGACCGUGAUUCUGCUCCAGACAUUGUGGUCAUUCUGACGGACAAGAUAACCGAUAACGUGACGAUUCCUGCCAAAGCGCUGAAGGAUGAUGGAGUAAGAGUGUUUGUAAUUGCUAUAGGCGAGGACAGAAACGAUCCAUUGGUGAGAGACGUAGCAUCUGAUCCGAAGGAAGAUCACUUGUUUACUCCUUCCCUUGAAGACCUCGAACCUUCGCUCCCCGAGAUCCUUGAAGGAGUCAUUGCUGAGCCGGAUCCAUGCCUCUCCAAACCAUGUGCGAACGGUGGAACAUGCAGUCCAAUUUCGUCUGGUUCGGACUAUACUUGUGCCUGUGCUGCCGGAUAUACUGGAAAGAACUGCACAGCUGAUAUUGAUGAAUGUUUAGACUCUAGAAUUUGUGCAGUAGAAAGAAUGUGUGUGAACACAUACGGUAGCUACCAAUGUGUUUGUACGAUGGAUAAAUAUGGACCUUCAUGCAUUUACGACUGCAAAUCUGGUGUUGAUCUGGUCUUCGUUGUUGACGGUUCUAGCUUUGUGACGUUACAGAAUUUCCGUAAGACCUUGGAAUAUGCUAGAUCGGUAACAAGCACUUUGAAAAUAUCGAGUGCCGAAACGCAUGUAGGUGUUACGGUUUACGCUACCCAGGGAAAAAAUGUGGUGGACUUGAACCAACAUUACAACAAAACAGAGCUUUUAUCCGCCAUAGGAAAUAUCAGCUAUCCUAAUGGCAUUGCUCGAAAUCUUGGAAAGGGCUUAAACAGCACGAGAAUAGCCCUUGCCCAAUAUGGCCGAUCAACAAAACAGAUAGCUAUUAUACUUAAUGGAGGAAAGAGUACUGACGAUGCCUCAGAUGCAGCCUACGAAUUACGAAAUGAAGGUGUAGAACUUUUUGUUGUUGGACUUGGUGAUGAAAACUCCGAGGCACAAUUACGUGAGAUAGCGUCAGUGCCAGUGAUUGACCACGUCUUUAUGAAGUCUUACGACCAACUUUCUGAAUUUGUCAAUCAAACAAAGAUGGAGAUAUGCCAAGCAUCAGAUCACUGCUCCAGCAAACCUUGUCUGAACGGAGGAUCGUGUACGUCUGCAAACAACAGCUACAUCUGCACUUGUGCAUUAUUGCACACUGGAAGAAACUGUGAAAUACUGAAGGACGUUUGUGACCCGACUCCAUGUGCAAACGGCGCUACCUGUAACAUCGUAUCUGGUAAAGCAAUAUGCACGUGUUCCUCUGGAUACACAGGAGCAAAUUGCUCGCAAGACGUCGAUGAGUGCAGCAGUUCGGCUGAGAGAUGCCAAUACGGCGGUACUUGUCAGAAUCUAGAUGGUGGUUACUCAUGCAAAUGUGUCGCGGGCUAUGUCGGCAGCAGCUGUGAAAUAGGUUGCAACUUCAAUGAAGCGAACCUUGUAUUCGUGGUGGACGGUUCGUCAAGUAUAAAUCGCGCAGAUUCCAACAACUUCGAGCGGGUCAAGUCAUUUAUCAAGACCAUUAUAACUUACUUUAAGAUUGGAUCUUCUGAUGCCAGUGUUGGUGUAGUGUUAUAUUCUACUUACGCCAACGUGCAGUUUAAACUUGGCGAUUACACUAGUAAGAACCAAGUUUAUGACGCGAUAGACAGGAUUCAGUUCCCAAGGGGAUGGACUUACACUGGCGAAGCUCUCGACUUGGCAAGAACAGAUAUUAUUGACGUAGCACCUAGAAAGAAUAUAGCCACUGUAGUGUUUGUGCUAACGGACGGUGAAGCUCAGGACUCAGUCGGAAUACCUGCUAAGACCCUGAAAGACAAUGGAGUAAUCAUCUUCAGUAUUGGAAUAGGAAAAUACUUUUCAAAACCCGAACUUGAUGAGAUGGCUUCCUCUUCAAAUCUCGUCUUCUCCGCCGAUUUCGAUAAUCUGGACUCAAUAUCAGCCAGUAUACGGGAUCAAAUAUGUCUUGCUGUGGACAAGUGUUCAAGGUUCCCUUGUGAGAAUGGUGGCACAUGCUCUAACAGAGGUGGAGACUUUUUCUGUCAGUGCCCUCCAACAUACACAGGAAAGAAUUGCUCUCAGGACGUGGAUGAGUGUACAACCCUAUUUCCUUGUCUUCACGGGGGCUCCUGUGAAAAUGUCGCAGGCUCUUACAGAUGUUCUUGUACGGCUAAUUACCAAGGAAGCAACUGUGAGACCGCCAUCGAGAAAGUGAAUAUAGCAUUUUUGGUUGACGGAUCCAUACAGAUGGGCUCAUCCAACUUUAAGGUGGCACUUCUUCAGGCCAUGUUAUACAGUGGCAAAUUUGUCAUAUCCAGGGAGCAAGCUAACGUCGCACUUGGGGUCUUUGGUCAAACUUCGAGAACGGUUUUUGAUUUCAAAAAAUACUUCACUGUAAAAGAAGUGCAUGAUGCGAUGAACGCAACAGCCUAUCCUGGAGACGCAGUGCUGAAUACUGGCAGUGCCCUCAAGUACGCCAAGGAGAAUAUCUUCAAGACUGCUAGGGAAAACACACGUAACAUCCUUGUGGUAUUUAGUAGUAACAUGUCUUCAGAUUCAGUGGCAGAACCAUCAGAAGCUUUAAAAAGGGAUGGCGUAAUUGUUUAUACAGCCGGUGUCGGAGAGGCCUUCUAUAUUCCAGAGCUAAAUCUCAUAGCUUCCGAUCCUGACGACAAGUUUGUGUUCUUGCUGAGGAAUUACAACGACUCCGGUGUGGCUGCAAACGCGUUCCAAGACUCCGUCAUAGAAGCACUCAAUUCAUGUUACAUCAACCCUUGCAAGAAUGGUGGAACUUGUUCUACAAGUGCUAGCAAACUUAUAUGUGCAUGCAAGCCCACCUUUACCGGAAGCCUUUGCGAGACUGACAUAAACGAGUGCUUAAGCUCCUAUGACAACAGUUGUAAAUCGCCAAAAAUAUGCCAGAACAAUUAUGGUGGAUAUAUGUGUGUGUGUCCAGAAGGAUCAUUUGGGGCCAAUUGUGAAUUCGAAUGCAAUAUCCCAAUGGAUGUGAUAUAUCUCAUCGACAAUACUGAAGAUGUGACUCAAGCGAACUUCAACAAACAGAUUAGCUUUGUGAAACAGUUUAUCGGCACCUCCCGGGUCUCUUACAACGUUACCCACGUUGGUGUAAUCACAUAUGCAAUGGAUGCACAUAAAGGUUUCGGCCUGAAGGAUUACUACACACAGAGCCAGAUUGAAGCGAAGAUUGAUAAGAUUUCCUAUCCAAGACAAACCAGGAGACAUCUUGGCAAGGCUAUUAUUUUGGCUGAUGAAAUCUUUAGAAACGAGUCGAGAAGUGGAGUACCUGGUAUACUGGUCGUUCUUUCUCACGGAACUUCCCAUGACGAUGCAGCCGUGCCCGGGUAUCUCUUGAAGGAAAGAGGGAAAAAAAUCAUGUCCUUUGGACUUGGCAAAGAGUACAAUGAAGCGCAGCUGAAAGAGAUUGCUUCCGAACCAAGAAAACAAAACCUGUACAGCAUCCCAUACGCAGAGUUGGAAACUUAUUUGGCUGAAAAGAAGUUAUCCAUCUGCUUUGCGGCAACUCCGUGCUCCUCAUCACCUUGCGUCAGAGGAAAUUGCAGUGACACUAGCAAUAGCUAUACCUGCCAAUGUCCAAGCGGCUUUACCGGCCAAAACUGCCAAUUGGUUGAUCGCUCUCCUAUGUACGACGUUGUCAUACUGUUCGACGGAUCAAGCUCAGUUGGCUUAGAAAACUUCCAGCGAAUGUUGCUCUUUGCUCAAAACUUCUCCAAACAGUUUUAUAUCUCCGAAAAUAGCUCUAACAUCGCCGCUGGAGUUUACUCUAGCAAAACUACCAUCGAGUUCAAUUUUACGCAGUAUUACGACAUUAACAACGUCUUGGCUGCGAUAAAGAAUAUUGAUUUCCAUAACAUCAGCACCGUAAAUAUAGGCCAAGCAUUACAAGAAGCCAACAGGACGAUAUUUCAGCAAGACCGAGAUGAUGUUCCAGACGUGUUACUUCUUUUGACUAACAAGAAAUCUCAAGAUGAUGCAAAGCCAAUGGCAGAUGCUUUAAAUCAAGAGGGUAUAAGGAUUAUUCUUGUUGGUCUCGGAGACGACGUCAAAGAAGACGACCUCUUACCAUUGGCUAGUUCUCCUAGUAAACAAAACACUUUCAUCACACCCUGGGAGGAACUCCUAUUCUUGACUCCACAAGUCAUAGAGCUACUAGGAAUGGAUAGUUGUUCGGCCAAGCCUUGUAAGAACGGCGCUACUUGUGAACCAGCUGGAGCUACGUUCUCUUGCCAGUGCGCUGUUGGGUAUACAGGACGAUACUGCGAAAAUGAUAUUGAUGAAUGCCAACCAAGUAACCCUUGCUACAACGGUGGAACAUGUGUGAACGAGGAAGGUGCUUACAGCUGCCAGUGCUCUGAUGGCUUUACAGGAAAACACUGUGAUCUCGGUUACCAUAUUCCUAAGUUAAACAUCGUGUUCCUUUUGGAUGGAUCAGGCAGCAUUGAAAAGGCAAAUCCUGGUGGCUUUGAUAAGAUGAAAAACUUCAUCAAAUCCAUCGCCACGUCCUACAAUAUUGGACCAGACAACACGAACAUCGGCAUUGUCACAUUUUCAGAGUCCCCUAGACUAGACAUCAGGUUUAACCAAUCAACCAGCAGCUCUGAUAUUCAAUCCGUCAUUGACGCUAUCAGCUAUCCGAAUAGCUCUACGAUGACUGGUAUUGCCUUAAAUUUCACUCGGACCGAAUUAUUUGGCAAAGGAAGAUCAGAUGUUCGCAACGUGCUAGUGGUUUUGACUGAUGGCAAGUCAAACGAUGAUGUGACGCAAAGUGCAAAGAUGCUGCACGAUGAAGGGGUGAAUGUCAUCACUGUUGGUGUAGGCUGUUGCUAUGAUCCAAAGGAGCUGAAGGUCAUUGCAUCGUCUGCUGAUCACGUAUUCAACGCGGAAUUUGAUGAACUUGGCAGUUUGUUUAAUUCACUCCGUGUCAGGAUUUGGCAAGAUGUUGACCACUGCUGGGCCCUGCCUUGUCUCAAUGGCGGUACAUGCAAAAGUUCUCUGUUUAACUACACAUGUGCCUGUCCUGACAACUUCAGCGGUAUUAAUUGUCAUUUGGAUGUCGAUGAAUGCAAGUCAAACAACAGCUGUAGCGCCGACCAGAUGUGUGUCAACACUUAUGGUGGUUAUAAAUGCUCCUGCAAGACCGGGUACUACGGCGAAAAUUGCACUUUGGCUUGCUCAACGGAAGUCGACAUAGGAUUCCUAUUUGAUGGAACAAAAGAUGUCGAUAUGUCAUACAAGGGUAACUUCCAGCAGAGCCUGUCCCUGGCCACAACACUCAGCCAGCUGUUUGACAUUUCUAACGCAUCCGCCAGGAUUGCAGUCGCUGUCUACUCCAAUUACACGGACAGCUCUUUUAGCUUUGAUUCUCAUCUUACGCAUGCGAGCCUUAGAAACGCGGUAGAGAAGAUCGUGUACCCUAAUGGUGACCCGAGAAAUAUAGGAGCAGCCCUAAACAACUCCAUGUGGCAGCUGUACAACAAACCAAGAUCAGGAGUGCCUCGUAUCCUCAUCACAACUGCGCAUGAUCGGUCAAGUGAUGGCGUCUACGUUGCUUCUGACAUGCUGCGGAACACAGGCGUUACCAUAUUUGGAAUUGCAACUGGAGGUAGCACCGCUAUAGCACAACUAAAUACGAUCGCAACUGACCCGGAUAGUACUUACGUAUUUACCAAGACGUACAGAGAUUUGUCUGGAAUUGCGCUUGCUGAGGAGAUACGAGAUUCUAUUUGUAAAGCUAUUGUGAAAUGUGCUACCAUGCCUUGUUCGAAUGGCGGUACUUGCAGUGACUUGCCAGGCGGUGGGAUUACUUGCACAUGCAGCCCUGCAUACACAGGGCCCAGAUGUGAGAUUGCUAAUGCGCCGUGUGUUGGAGUCCCCUGCAAGAAUGGUGGGAUAUGCACUGAGAAUGGCGACCUUUACAACUGUGAUUGUGCAAGCACUGGAUUUACUGGACCUACAUGCCAAGAACCGCUCUCCACGUGUGACAGCUCGCCUUGCUUGAAUGGAGGGUUCUGUAGUAAUACCGAAAUUGGAUUCAGUUGCGUCUGCCCUGUUGGAUUUGCUGGGAAAACGUGUGGAAAAUCAUGUUCGUUUCAGAAACUCGAUUUGGCGUUUGUGAUAGAUGCCUCCAGUAGUAUUGAACACGCAGCGAGCGGAAACUUCCAGAAAGUUCGAGAUUAUAUCAUGGCUGUAGUUUCAUUGUUCAACGUCUCUCAAGAGAUGACACAUGUUGGUAUUGUGGUUUACUCUUCCUUUACCAAGACCGUGUUCUCUUUGGAUUCAUAUUAUGACAAAGGCGACGUCCUUAAAGAGAUUGACCGGAUUCCUUACCUGCGUGGUUGGACAUACACAGGAGAAGCACUUAACCAGGCAAGGGCAGACCUCUUCGCUAAGAGCAAACGGAGCAACGUCGCAAAGGCCCUUAUUAUGAUUACCGAUGGAUACUCUAAUGACGCAGUCGAUGUUCCUUCCAAGAAGUUGCGUGACAUAGGCGUGACUGUGUUAAGCGUUGGCGUAGGAAAGCAUGUCUCCAUCAAACAGCUUAAUACCAUUGCCACCGAUCCUGACUCCGAGAAUGUGUUCUCUGUCGAUUUCAACACUCUUCCAACGAUCAUAAACACCAUGAAAGACAAGAUUUGUGUCGCAUUUGAUGCAUGCUACGACAUGCCUUGUCAGAACGGAGGAACCUGUACAAGUACCUUGUAUAGAACUUACACUUGUUCAUGUAGGGAAGGUUUUGCUGGAAAACACUGUGAGAUUGUACUCAAUCUUUGCAACAAUCUGCCAAGUCCUUGUGGCGUGGGCACGAACAAGGACUGCAUUCCUUUCCCUGGGACGUUCAAAUGUGUCUGUAAAUAUGGUUUCUAUGAGCUACCAAGCAAGGAAUGUGCGCCUGUUCCUGGCGCAUUUGCUAGCAGACGAUUAAAUCUUGGAAUGCUCAUGGUAUCCUCUGAUGGCGUCCAGCUAGCUGGAUUCUUAAGAGAAAAAUAUUUUGUUAUUGGCAUCUCAAAGUCUUUCGAGAUAUCCGCCAACAAAACCCGCAUUGGCGUUGCAAGCUACUCGUCAAGUGCAAACAUUCACUUCAAUUUCAAUACCUACAACACUGGGUAUGAUGUUGAGAAUGCCAUCAAUGCUAUAUCCUUCUCUGGCGGAGCAAAACGCAAUCUCGCUAGGGGACUAGACGCGACUUUUGAAGGACUUUUCAACUUCACGGACAUCCAGCCAAGUGAUAUCAAUGCACUAAUUGUGUUAACGGAUGGACGAGCUACUGAUGAGAUCGAUAUGGCUGCUCAGAGACUUGUCAACGAAAAGAAUGUCACUAUUAUUGCGGUUGGAGCUGGUUCACAUGUUCGUCUUGCAGAGCUGCGCCGACUAGCGGGUCUAGCUAGUGAAAGUCCACUGAUCACACGAAGAAUAAUACAAGCUGACAGCAUGGAAGAACUUAUUAAUUUCAUACCUACAAUAAAGGAGUCUGUUCUUUCAAUCGCUGACCCUUGCUUGUUGAGUUUGUGCAAGAAUGGAUCAAAAUGUACGUUAUCGGGCUCUGGAUUCCGAUGUGAAUGUGCUUCUGGAUACAACGGUUUGCUGUGUCAAAAUGCGAUCACUGUCUGCAACCCAAAUCCCUGUCAGAAUGGCGGCAGUUGCUCUAUCAGGAAUGGUGGAUACACAUGUGCUUGUCCAACGGGAUAUAAAGGGAUCACAUGUCAGCUGGAUGUCGACGAGUGUGCAGUAAACCCUUGCUUCAACAAUGUUACGUGUACAAACAAGAUAGGAUCACACUCCUGCAGUUGUCCUAUUACCAGAGGCGGCAGGAAUUGCCAGAACCUAUGUAGACAAUACUUUGACCUCUCCUUCCUUGUCGAUGGCUCUUCAAGCAUCAACUCUACCAACUUCCAGCGGGCUCUUGACUUUAUACCUUUACUUGCGAAACAAUUCAGCAUCUCAAAUAACACUGUCAACCUCGGAGUAGUCACUUAUUCUGUCAGCCAGCAAGAAAUCAUCGCGCUUCCUUAUUAUAACAAUGUUUCGGAUGUAGAAAAGCUUGUAUCUAACGUGUCAUAUCUUGGUGAGAAUACACUUACCGGCGCAGCUCUGAACUACUUGCGCUGGGAGCAUUUGCCGCAGGGCCGACAAGAUGCUCGUGACAUAGUCGUCGUGAUUACGGAUGGUGUGUCCCAGGAUUUCGUUACUACUCCAGCUCGCAGACUUCAGGAAAACGGCACGGCUGUUAUAGUGAUCGCUGUAGGAGAAACUUAUGACAGUGAUGAACUAAAAGCCAUGGCGACUGAUCCUGACGAUGCUCACGUCUUAACUGUCAAUGUCAAAGAUAUGUCGAGCAUCGUCGAUAAACUACGAGAUCAAAUCUGCAUAGCAUCCCAUCCUUGUGCUCUGAGUCCAUGUAAGAACGGCGGUUUCUGCUUGGGUGAUUUAAGUGGCUACACGUGCACGUGCGCAUUCGGAUGGACGGGUGUCAACUGUGAGAUCCGUGAUUUCUGUGCACUCGCUUCCGUCAAUGGCCCCGCGUGCUUCAAUGGCGGCGUCUGCACUAACACGCCUACCUCGUACACUUGCACGUGCGCUAGAGGAUUCCAUGGACGGCGAUGCGAAGGAGGUUGUGGUUUCCGCGAGCUUGGGAUACGCGUUCCUAAUGAGUAUCGCGUGCCGGAUAUACACAUGUCAUCCUCCUCACACAGGGACAGGAACCAUGCUGCCUUCCGAGCUAGGAUAGGGAUGCAGGAGGUCGGACGCUGGAAGUCGGCCUGGUGUGCCAAGAGUGACGAUAAUAACACCUAUAUACAGAUCUUCUUCGACAUGCUGACUAACGUCUCCCAGGUGGAAAUGGAAGGACAUAUCGAUAAUGGAAAACCAGUUGGGGUUCAUAAGUUCUUUAUCUCAGUCAGCAACGACUCCAAGACCUGGCAGGACUAUAAAGAUGGUCAAAGGUUUGAGUUUGACAUGGGUGAUACCUUCACUGCUAAUCGCUCCAUUCCUUACGGUUUGCUUGGAUUUUACUUCCGGUUCUAUGUGACUGAGUGGAAUACCACAAAAAACGGAUCAAGAUGCAUGCGAAUGGCACUCUACGGUUGCAGCUAUAAUGUAUCGAUUGGAGGUGGACAAGAAAAAACAGUUUUUUUUACACCUGCAUCGCUUGACCCAAGAGUGGCAGGCUUGAUGAUAGCAACAUUUAUAGCAUGCCUGAUCAUAUCUAUAGUCUUUUUACUUGUGCCCAACCAGUCGUAUGCUCAACCGUUAACGCGCGCCGACGGAAACCUGAAGUACAUUCAUGAACAUUCGCAAUACCAAUACGAAAUAACGCCGUUCUCCCCGCCGCCCGCUUACGAACAACAAACGGUGAUCAUGUCACUUGGACCUGAGCACAUCCAUCAAAACCUUGAAGCAGACACCUUUGGAACUGAAAACCCGGAAUUGUUCAAAGAAGAAUAUAAGAUCUUUGCGUUUAACAGGGAAAUGCAUCCGAAAGGGUCGAAAAGCUUUGAUACUCAUUUGAAUGAGCCAAAAUUUACGGAGGAUUUUCGAAUUUUUGUUUCGAAUAACAUAAAGGUUUCUUUUUUGUCUUCAGCGCAAUCGAGCUGCCCACUUGGUUACCAAGGAUACAGUUGCGGCGAAGAUGUUGACGAGUGUUAUCAUAUGUUAUGCAAGAAUGACGCACUUUGCAUCAAUACUCUCGGCUCGUUCAAGUGCGAUUGCAAAGAGGGGUAUACGGGCCUUACCUGCGAAAUACUAGACAAUGUCAGGAAAUAUGACAUAGUCUUCUUGGCAGACUCCUGUAAGUCCAUUGGAACUGAAAAGUUCACCGGCAGCCUUAAUCUGGUUAAGGAAUUUGUAAAAGGAUCUGCUAUUUCAGAAGAUGGUAUCAAUGUUGGCCUUGUUACUUAUUCUGAAACCGCUAAGACUGUAUUUAACACAAGUCGCUACUUUGAUAAAAGCUCCAUCAUAACAGCAAUUGAUACGAUAACGUUCGAUAAUCUCUUUACUUGUAACAUCGGAAAAGGUCUUACAGAAGUGAGAAAAUUCAUCAUGACUCGAGAAGUGCAAACGUUUCUGGUAGUGUUUACCAGCCAGUGGUCAAGUGAUGAGUUCAGACUCGAUUUGCAAGCUAUCAAACACUUGGGUGUGAAGGUAUUUGCGAUAAGAGUUGGAGCAAGUGGCGAUGAUGCAGCUGUUAUUGCCUCAGAUGCAGAUCACCUGCUUACAUUUCCUGAAUCAAGACUCAAAGAGGGAAAUCCGGCAGAAUUGAAGGGACACAUUGCUCAAGAUUUGGAUCCAUGCGCCAGUAGCCCUUGCCAGAAUGGAGGUACUUGUUCCAAGUUGUCUUCUGGUUAUGUUUGCAAAUGCACCCCACAAUUCAACGGAAGUAGAUGUGAAAUAGAUAUCGACGAGUGUGCAAAAAAUGUGUCUUCCUGUCCAGGGGAAAGCUGUUACAAUCUGUAUGGAGGGUCUGAUUGCAUUUGCCUGCCAAAAACAUACGGACAAUAUUGCAAUUACACUUGCAAUAAUCUCAUCGACUUCGGGUUCUUACUUGAUGGAUCGAGAUUCGUGACGUCUACUAGCUUUGAGAAAUCUCUUAAAUUUUUGCAAUCAUUGUUUGGGCUCUUUUCCAUUUCUGCUAGCGAGGCUCGAAUUUGCGGAGCCCUCUAUGACAGAAACGUGACAACAUUAUUUGAGCCAGAUACUUACAAUACAAAAGAAGGAGUUCUUGGAGCUGUUAAACAAGUCUCUUAUCCAAACAAAUUCCAGGAGCGAAGAAUUGGUAAUGGAAUAGAGAGUAUCCAAGGAAUGUUUGAUAAGCAUCUCAGGCUUAACGCAACCAGAAUUUUACUGAUAAUGUCAAGUGGUCGCUCAAGUGAUGACCCUUAUAAUGAGGCACGGCUGUUUAAAGGUGGUCCUCGCACCAAAAUUUUGACCAUAGGCCCGAAGGAAACUAACUCCCAAGGACAGCUGCGAGAGGUGGCAAGCUCUCCCUAUGAGAGGUAUAUAUACUUUAGAGAAUAUGACAUCGUCGGAGAUCGAGAUGAAUCUGUGAAAGCCGUCUACGACAGAAUUUGUCAAGCGUCAGAUCCCUGUUCCAGCUUUCCUUGCUUCAACAAUGGAACGUGUGAAAUAACCAACAGCCCAGAUCGAGAAUAUUUAUGCACAUGUUUAUCAGGAUAUACGGGAACAAACUGUGAAAUCAAGAUCAAUAUAUGCACAAACAACCCCUGUGCUAAUGGUGGCAAUUGCACAGUAGACGACGGGGAGCCUUUGGGAUACCAAUGCAGUUGUGCUAAAGGGUAUACAGGAACGAAUUGCACACAAGCAGUCGACCUGUGUGACAAUAGUCCCUGCAAAAAUGGAGGAACCUGCGCCUAUUCUGCAGGCGAUUAUACUUGCAAAUGUAUUGACGGAUACGAGGGAAAGAGCUGCGAACUGAGUUGCAAGAUCAAGGAAUCUAACGUAGUCAUCGUACUUGACGGUUCUUCGAGCAUCCAAGAUAAUGACUUUAUCAAGUGCAAGACUUUCCUCAUGUCUCUCGUUGAUUUGCUUGGUGUUUCAUCGGAUAGAACUCACAUUGGUCUUGUCCAGUUCAAUGAUACUGCAAAAAUUGAAUUUAGUUUAGACCAAUAUUCAACCCCUGAGAGGACAAAAGGCGUGAUUGAAAAUGUGAAACAAAUGCGAGGCACAACCUAUACUGGCAAAGCACUAAUCCUAGCGAGAACGGAUGUAUUACAAGCAUCUAAACGGAAAAAUGUCACAACCAUUGUUAUUGUCAUAACCGAUGGUCUUUCCCAGGAUAGCGUGACUGAUCCUGCUAAGAAGUUGCGUGACGAUGGGGUGCAUAUUAUCAGCGUUGGUGUUGGCAGUUUUGUUUCUUUACAGCAAUUAAAGGAUAUGGCUUCAGAUCCGGCUCAUGUUUUUCACGUAGAAUAUUCCGGUCUGAAUUUAAUUGCGUAUGCAAUCAGAGACCGGAUCUGCAUUGUAAAAGACCAUUGCGCUCUUGCUCCAUGCAAGAAUGGAGGUACAUGUACAAGCUUGUCGAAUGGAUACACGUGCACUUGUCCUAAUACAUUCUCUGGGAUAAACUGUACCUACGAUCGUGAUGAGUGUAUAGGGAAUCCUUGUUUUAAUGGAGCCAAGUGCGUUAAUACAGCCAGCGGCUUUACGUGUAUGUGUGCACCAGGCUUUUACGGGCAGUACUGCACAGAUAUUCAAUCGAAGUUAAAGCUCGACCUGGCAUUCCUGGUGGAGUCAUCUUCGGUAAUGGGUGCUACCAACUUCAAUACUUCAAUUGAGUUUAGUAAAAGCAUCGUAAACAGCGUUUUGGUUAGUAAUGAUACAGUCAACGUUGCGAUGGUACAGUUUUCCUACAACACUACCGUUGUAUUUGGCUUUAAAACGUAUUCCAGCAACAAUGGAGUGCUUGAAGGACUAUCAUUAGCUAAAUAUGAUGGAAGACCGGAUGUUAAUUUGGAAGAAGCGCUGAAAUACAUAAACAAUAGCUUGUUUCCAGCUGCACGUGACAACACCGCUAAAAUGCUAGUUCUCAUAACAUCAGGGAAUUCUACUAGCGAAACUAUCACCGCGGUUGCUGAAGACCUGAAACGCCAAAGAAUCGACAUUCUUGUCUUAACACUCAAAAAUGCUAAUGAAAUUUACUGGUUAGCCAUCGCCAAACAGCCAUCGUACUACCACACUUUCGGGUCAGGGCAAAGCAUUUCAGGUGUAAUGAUAACAAGCGUAGAUAAAUGCACCCCAAAUCCAUGCAACAAUAAUGGGACGUGUACGACGUCGAAUGGAUCCACUACAUGCACGUGUCCGACUGGCUUUACAGGAAGCUUUUGCGAAAACGGUGUAAACGAGUGUAACGAUGCAAACAGUUUCAACUGCUCCUCUGGUUUGGAAUGUAUUGAUACCUAUGGAAGCUACGCGUGUAUGUGCCCAAUCGAAAAAUGGGGAGAUAACUGCAACUACACCUGCAAGAAAGAUAAUGACGUUGGGAUCUUGAUAGAUACUUCAAGUUUUAUCGCAAAAGAAGAUUUUCAACACGUGGUCCAGUGGGCGAUUGCCUUUACCAACUCGUUCAAUGUGUCCCUUAAUAACACUCGUUUAGGUAUUGUUAAAUUUGCUGAAAUGGGAAAAAUCUAUUUCAAUUUCACAAGUUCGUAUAACAAAUCAGUCGUUGUUGAUUCUAUCGAGAAACUCGCUUUACAAUCGAAUGAGUUUAUCCGAAAUAUGGGAAGCGGCUUACAAGCAGUGUUAGAUCUGUUUUCUAUCGGGGGUCAAAGCGGAAAAGGAAAGGUUCUCUUUGUUCUAACUGGAGGAAGAUCAAGUGACGACGUAUUCCUACCAGCGCAGAAACUUCAAGCAGCAGGUGUACAGAUUGUUCCGAUUGGUUUGGGUGACGAUGUGGUGGUAUCACAAUUGAAGGAACUAGUGCAAUAUAACGUUCAACGAGAAGUAAAUGCAAGUCAGUACAUGGAAUUAUCUCAAAGUGUACGAUGGUCAAAGCAAGUGGUGUGUCAAGCUGCGGAUCCAUGUUCCAGCUCGCCUUGUAGAAAUAGCGGCACCUGUAUGAACAACUUGACGCAGUCUCUAGGCUACCAGUGUACCUGCCCUUCUAGUUAUUCUGGAAAAAAUUGCGAAAAUGAAUCAAAUUUAUGCUUCUUGGACCCCUGCGGAAAGUUUGGAAAAUGUAACCCCAGUCCGGAUGGAUACAAUUGCAGUUGCAGUGUGGGCUUUACCGGGCAAAACUGCACUGAAGACGUCAAUGAGUGCUUGGAUAAUCCAUGUAAGAAUGGAGCAGUAUGUAAAAAUACUGAAGGUAGCUACAUAUGCGCUUGUCCUAUUGGAGUAAAAGGAGUCAACUGUGAAAUAGCUUGCUCCAUUCAGCAAUUCAAUCUCGCAUUUGUGGUCGAUGGUUCUGGGAGCAUAAAUGGCGCGGAUCCAAACAACUAUGGUCGUUUCAAGAAUUUCAUUAAAACCCUGACGAAAUCAUUUCAGGUUUCGGAAUCCAACACGCAAGUUGCGCUAGUUGUUUACUCCACAACUCCCGAAUUGAUAUUCAAUUUUGGACAAUACAACGAUAUCAAUGACAUUAGUAAAGCAGUGGACAAUAUGCCUUAUCCCGGCUAUACCACAUACACUGGGAGAGCUUUGACUUUUACAUUGGAAGAGGUGUACCAAAAAGCCCCACGAAAGGGAGUAAAGAAUGUUCUUAUUGUGCUUACGGAUGGCGCUGCGAAUGAUCAUGUUAGCGAGCCUGCGGCUGCACUGAAAAGUUUCGGAGUACAGAUAUUUGCUGUGGGAAUUGGACCUCUAUCUGAUGAAGCCGAACUAAAGGAAAUUUCUUCGGAUCCAGAUAAGGACCACGUUUUUAACGUGGACUUUGUACAAAUGAACUCCAUUACAGAGAAUUUGGGAGGUCAAAUAUGCACAGCUGUGGAUCAGUGCGCCCUCUUUCCCUGCAAAAACAAUGGAGUUUGCACAAGCACCGAUGGCGGCUUUAAAUGUGAAUGCCCCGAUAACUACCAAGGGAACACAUGCACAGAGGACUUUGACGAGUGCACAAAGCCAGGGUGGUGUCAAAAUGGCGGAACUUGUCAAAAUACAAACGGCAGCUUCAUAUGCUAUUGCACACCAGAGUACGAAGGGCCUAAUUGUGAAUAUGAUAGAGACGAGUGUAUUGGUAACCCAUGUAGCAAUGGAGGAACCUGCGUCAACCUGAAAGGAGGAUUUGAUUGCAUUUGCCCUGCUAAUUACAUCGGCUUGCAUUGUCUACAAGUGUUAAAUCCGUCACUCAAAUUGGACCUGGUUUUCCUCAUUGAGUCAUCUUCCGCGAUGGGUCAGGAAAACUUCAACCUAUCCUUGGAAUUUUUAAAAAAUAUAGCCAAUGUUUUCAACAUCAGUAAAGAGACUGUGCAUGUAGGCUUGGCCAAGUUCUCGACCAACACAUCAACAGUGUUUGAUCUAGGCCAGUACUAUACAAAGCCCAAUGUUCUCAAUGGGAUCUCAUCGGCGCAAUAUGAAGGUCAAGCAGAUAUCAAUCUUGGUGAUGCACUCAAGUACCUAAACGAUUCUCUGUUCCUUAAAGCCCGCAGCGAAGUUUCUCGGGCUCUGGUGAUUGUUACAUCUGGGAAUGCCUCAACUGAUAACAUCACAGGCCUCGCUGCAGAUCUUAAGAUUUCACAUAAUGUUGAAACAUUUAUUGGGGGUUUCUACAAUAGGAGUUGGAGUCAGUGGAUAGAUAUUGCAAGUGAGCCAGAUGGAAACCACAUCUUUCUCUUCAAGUCUAGUCCACUGAUUACUCUGGCUAAAGGUAUCAGCACAAGAAUUAUCCAAUCCGUUGACCCCUGCAGUAGCAGUCCAUGCUUCAAUGGAGGGCUUUGCAAUGGUUCGUCUAGUGGAUAUACCUGCACUUGCAUUGGAGGAUUUACAGGAAUCGACUGUUCUACAGAUUUAGACGAAUGCAAUAAUAGUAGCUUAUGUGCAGAUGGCCUGGUGUGUCACAAUACAUAUGGGAGUUAUCAGUGUCUUUGUCCAGUUGGCAAAUAUGGAAAGAACUGCACCUAUACCUGCAAGAGUGAUUUAGACGUGGGGCUGCUCAUUGAUUCGUCAGGUUUUGUUUCAGGACAAGAGUUUCAAAGUGUGCUCAAGUGGGCGAUCAGUUUGUCCUCUGCAAUGAACGUAUCUUCUGUAGAUACACGCUUCGGGUUGGUAACAUUUGCUCAAGGCGGAAACAAGCAAGUCAGUUUUGACCAAUCAUACAACUCCUCUGUUCUUGAAUAUGCUAUUCAAAGCGUCAUUAAAAGUGGUACAGAGUAUGAACGAAAUAUUGGAAAAGGAAUCGAAGUGACCUAUUCUCAGCUCUUCAAUCAGAGUUUACGACUUGUUGGAUCUAAACGCAUCUUAAUAGUACUAACUGGAGGGAUAUCAAAUGACGACGCAUCAGUGGCCGCUCGUAAAAUUGAAUCUAAUGAUGUAGAAAUAAUUGCUGUUGGAAUUGGAAGUUAUUUUUCAUCCGCUGAUCUUGGAGCAGUUGCUUCAAGCACAUCCAGCUCACAUGUAACAUCUAUGCUUUAUUCUAACAUGCACAACGAAACAAGGCGUUUUAAGGAGCUUAUCUGCCAAGCUGCUGACCCAUGCUCAAGUUCCCCGUGCAACAACAAUGGAAACUGUACAAACAAAGUUGCAAUUCCGGGUGACUAUUCGUGUGCCUGCCAUACUGGAUUCACUGGAAAAGAUUGCGAGAUAGUUAAGGAUUCAUGUAACUGUCAAAAUGGAGGCACGUGUAAUUCAACUAGCGGAAACUGUACCUGCCCAGCUAUGUUUACCGGUUCUAACUGCAGCCUAGAUGUCAACGAGUGUUUAUCAAAUCCAUGUAAAAAUAGAGGAGGCUGUACAGACAUUAAUGGAGGCUAUUUAUGUACUUGUAUUACUGGAUACAAAGGCGCUGACUGCGAAAUAGUUUGUGAGACGCAGAAGUUUAAUCUUGCAUUUCUGGUGGAUGGUUCAGGCAGCAUUAACGCGAAAGAUCCAGAAAAUUUUCAAAGAUGUAGGAAUUUUAUCAAGAAUGUGACUUCCUCCUUUAAGAUCUCCACGUUCGAUACGCAAGUGGCUUUAGUGGUAUUCUCCUCAAAACCUCAAACCAUCUUUACCUUCGGAAAAUACAAUAACAAAAAGGACGUUCUAGAGGCCGUUGACAAAAUGCCUUAUCCUAAAGGGUCGACAUAUACUGGAAGAGCACUGCAAUACAUGAACGAUGAGAUCUACAGGAAAGCAACACGAGUGGGAGUGCCUAACAUCCUUAUUGUUUUGACUGAUGGGAAAGCGCACGAUAGCGUAGCAGAGCCCGCGAAGGCACUACGUGAUAUUGGCAUCGAGAUCUACAGUAUCGGAGUAGGGGAGUCUUAUGAUAAGGCAGAGCUUGAUGCUAUCGCGACGGAUCCUGAUGCUAGCCAUGUCUUCUCGGUUGACUUCAAAAACAUGAAUUCAAUUCUGUCUACCCUUGAUGCCCGGAUAUGUGCAGUUGUCGACUUAUGUGCGUUAUCACCGUGCAAGAAUGGAGCGACCUGUUUUCGCCAAAACAACGACUACACAUGUAAAUGCCCCAUUACUUACACCGGAAGAAACUGUACCACUGAUGUCAACGAAUGUCUGGUUCAAGAUUGGUGUAAUAAUGGAACUUGUGAAAAUUCUGACGGUGGAUUUACCUGCAAAUGUCCACAAGGCAUCAAGGGAGACCGAUGCCAAUACAAUAUGGGCGAGACCAAAUUUGAUUUGGUUAUCAUGAUCGAUGGAUCAACCUCCAUUACCGAAGACGGCUUCCGAAAUGCAGUCGACUUUGCCACAAAUUUCACUUCCCUUUUUACAGUUGCAGAAAAUAAAACAAAUGUAGCUUUUGGCGUGUUCUCCGAAAAUGUUUAUACAAUUUUCAGUCUUACAACAUACUAUGACUUUAUCCCCAUAAAAAUUGCUAUGGACACAGCACUGUAUCCGAAUGUAAGCAAGCUCAAUACUAGCAAGGCACUGAAAGAAGUACAAACAAUCUUCAAUAAAUCACGUCCCUUGGUUCCCAAAGUACUACUGAUGAUUACAAGUAGGGCGUCCGAUGACAGUGUAGAUAUUCCUGCACAAGAUCUUCGUAAAAGCGGUGUCGUUAUAUUUAGCGGUGGGAUUGGUGACAAUUAUUAUCUACCGGAACUCAAGUUAACCGCAACAGACCCAGACGAGGAUCAUGUCUUUAUCAUUAAUGCAACCUUUAAUGUUGUCAUAGAUGGAAUCAUCAAUGUAGUUCUCCCAGCCAUAGAGCCAUGUGCGAUUGAACCUUGUCAAAAUGGAGGCACGUGUAUGAAUGAGGGCCUUGACUUCAAGUGCAGUUGCUCUGCUUAUUUCACUGGUCUGUACUGUGAUGAAGAUGUAGAUGAGUGCUCUAUCGUUCCAUCAAAGUGCGGAGACAUCCCAAACAAGAAUUGUGUCAAUGUUUAUGGUGGAUUCGAAUGUGUUUGUGUCAAUGACACUUUUGGUGAAAACUGCGAGUACAGUUGCAACAACACAGUAGACAUAGCCUUCCUAGUUGACGGCUCAAGGGCAGUUAAGUUAAACGACUUUAGACUGCUGUUAACCUUUGUGAAAGAUGUUACUGGGCUAUUAGAUAUCUCACCCUCGAAGACUCAUGUAGCUGUGGCUGUUUUUUCUCUUGAUACUUCUGUUGAAGUCAAUUUUGAUUCUUACAUGGAUAAAACUUCGUUCAUGAGGGAGAUGGACUCGAUAGCCUAUCCGGGGGAUACAAAGAAAUUCAUUGGAAAAGGGAUCGCAACUGUCCGGGAUGUAUUUCAAAAUAAAUCCAGAGCUGGAGUCACUAAGAUCCUUGUUGUCCUAGCUAAAGGGAGAUCUCAAGAUGACCCGGCUGUUCCUGGAUACGAUAUAAAGGCCGACGGUGUAAUUGUGUAUGCGAUCGGGUUCGGAUCAUCUUCUUCCAACGCUCAGAUGAAAGAGAUUGCCUCACCAGUGAGGAUGGACCACAUGAACAUCACUGCCAGGGCCUCACAGAUUGGUCAACUCGUUACAACUCUUAAGACGGCAAUAUGUCGAGCCUUGAAUCCCUGCUCAGUUUCACCAUGUCUCAAUGGAGGCACGUGCUCAACUAAUGGGAAGUUGGCUGUCUGCAACUGCCCUGGCGAUUUCACGGGAGUGCACUGUGAAACAAAAAUUGGUUUCUGCGUUAGAGAACAGCCCUGUCAAAAUGGUGGAACGUGCAAAGAGUCUGCUGGGAAGUACUACUGUCUAUGCAAAGAAGGAUUUAAAGGAAUCAAUUGCACAGAAGAUAAAGACGAAUGCAAUGAAGCCAUGCCAUGUCGAAAUGGGGGUUCAUGCUAUAACAGCAUUGGUUCCUUCAAUUGUACAUGUACUAACCAGUAUGUUGGAAAGUUAUGUGAAGUCGGUUGUGACUUCAAUAAGUUAAACCUUGGCUUUCUUCUUGACGAAUCUGGAAGUAUAGAGAGGGCAGGCGCUGGUAACUUCAAUAAAACUAAAGAGUUCAUGAUCAAGGUUGCGCUUUCGUUUAACAUCAGCAAGGAAGAAACGCACAUUGGCGUGGUGGCGUUUGGAGAUGCUCCACGUAUGAUUUUCGGACUUGGAAAUUUGACAACCCCACAAAAUGUUGAGUCAGCUAUGCGCAGUAUCGGUUACCAUAAAGGUGCUACAAGGACUGGUUCGGCGCUGAAAUUUACCCGCACAGAGCUCUUCCAAAAAGCUCGUGAAUCAGUUCCAAACGUCCUGGUCGUAUUAACUGAUGGCAAGUCACUAGACGAUGUCUUGCCAGAAGCAACUAAACUGCACAAUAUUGGCGUGAAAGUCAUAGCUGUUGGCUUGGGAUGCUGCUAUUCAGUCAAAGACCUGGCCUCUUUAGUAAACGAUAAGUCCCAAGAUCGCCAGAUAACAACGGAAUUUGAUAAUCUUGACACAGUGGUGAGCACUCUAAAAGAGCGAAUAUGCCGAGACAUCGAUCCUUGUAUAACUAUGCCCUGCCGAAACGGAGGCACCUGCCGUAACUUUCUAUCUGGGUACAACUGCACCUGCCCUAUAGGAUUCACUGGGAAACUGUGCCAAAAUGAUAUCGACGAAUGUCUUACUAGCUCUCCGAAUUGUACAGAAAAAGAGGUUUGCAUUGAUCUUCCUGGGGGAUUCAAGUGUGCGUGCAAGCCUGAAUAUUACGGAGAAAACUGUACUAAAGCAUGCAAAAAGGAAGUAGAUCUUGGCUUUGUAAUUGACGGAACAAAAGAUACUGACAGAAUCGGGCGCGCAAACUUCGACAAAAGUAUCAACUUCGUCAAGAUUGUGACACAGAUGUUCAACAUCUCCAGAGAGGAAGCUCAUGCUUCUCUUGUCGUGUAUGCCGAUACGCCUUACGUGAUCUUCAGUCUGACGCAAUACUUUAGCUAUGCAAAAAUCAAGGAAGCUCUAACGGACGUGUUAUACCCGGACAAUUCCACUCGGAAUCUUGGCCUUGCCCUGAAUAGAACAAAGACCGAGGUGUUGGAGAAACGCGGCAGGUCCUUGCCAGCAUUUGCGUUUGUCACCGCCCAUGCUCAAUCAAGCGACGAUGUAUCAAUCGUGUCUGGGGAGUUGAAAAAGCUUGCGACUGUAUAUGGCAUCAGCACAGACACUGCUAAAGCCGAAUCAGACCUGAAGAUAAUUGCGAGCAAGCUUUCUUUUUUCGAAUAUGUUGAAUACGACAAGCUCGCCAUGGUGGAAUAUGCAAAUAAAGUCAAGAAUACUAUCUGUCAAGUAAUGGCCCCCUGCUCAAGUACCCCAUGUCGCAACGGAGGAACCUGUAAUGACAUUGUAGAUGGGUAUAAAUGUACGUGCCCAGAAGGAAAAACGGGUCGAAACUGCGAGUUCGAUGACAGUCCUUGCGCAAGUUCCCCUUGUAAAAACGGCGGAAAUUGCACGAAAGUUGAUGAUGUCAAGUAUGAGUGCGCUUGUGCCCUUGGAUUUAGAGGCAUCAAUUGUGAAGACGCUACCUCUACGUGUGAUAGUGCACCAUGCCAGAAUGGUGCAACCUGUACUCCGACAAAUACCAGUUUCCAGUGUACCUGUCUAGUAGAGUAUGCCGGAAACACGUGCGAAAAACUCUGCGGCCAACAGAGGAUCAACGUGGUGUUCGUCAUCGAUGCCUCCAGCAGCAUCAAAGAGCAAGCGCCUAACAACUUCGAUAUCGUUAAAGGUUACGUCAAGACGAUAGUUGGUUUCUUCAACGUGUCUGAAUCACAGGCCCACAUCGCAGCCGUUCUGUAUGAUCAUGAUGUAUAUCCCCAAUUUUAUCUGGACACACAUUUGACUAACAAAGCCGUUCUCGAAGCUGUAGACAAGAUUCCGUACACUGGAGGGUGGACUAAUACGGGCAAGGCCCUCACCUUCGUACUAGACAAUGUUUUAAAAACCGUGCGAACAAACACAAAGAACUUUGUCAUUAUCAUCACUGACGGUUUAUCACAAGAUGACGUGCAGACCCCUUCGCAGGCACUUCGUGAUGUCGGAGUCACUGUAUUCAGUAUCGGCGUUGGCUCUUUGAUCAACAAGGAGCAGUUACUUAUUAUGGCAGGGGCUGAAGAAAGAAGAUUGGUCGUACCGUUUGAUGAGUUGUUGAGCAUAAGUACCCCUUUGAGAGAUGCCAUCUGCAGAGAGUCUGACUCAUGCUACAGCCUCCCAUGCCUAAACGGAGGGACAUGCACCAACAUUGGCGGCCGCUUUAACUGUACCUGCCUUUCGGCAUUUGUAGGAGACAUGUGUGAACGAGCGCGCGACUUUUGCCUUGAAAAUAACCCAUGUCAGGCAAAUGACAGUACAUCAGAGUGCGUAAAUGCUGGUGGUAAGGCCGAAUGUGUUUGUGGAACAGGAUAUUAUGGCGUUCCUCCAAGCUGCACAAGUUUUCCGGUUAAACUAAAUGUUGGAAUUCUCAUUGUGAACGCAACGACCAUGUCUGAUAUUCAAGCUUUUGAAAAGCAAAAAACGUUUAUUACGAAACUCACAGAAGUUCUUGGGCUUACCUCUGGUAAUGUUAGUGUUGCUGUAACCACAUACUGCUCAGUCACUGAAGUGAACAUUCCGUUCCAAAAAUACACGAAUGCAUCUACCUUCGAGAAAGACGUCUCCAUGAUCACAUGCACAGGAAGCGACAAAAGGGACAUAGGAUACGCUCUGAACACUAGCUUCUACGACAUGUUCAACUUUACUAAGAAAUCAGACGAAAACAACAUUCUCCUUUUACUGGCUGACGGUCGGUCUACGGAUGAAGUUUUCAGAGCUGAAUACAUUCAAGCAGCCCAGGAAAAGAACUUGACUAUUAUAGCUAUCCCGAUAGGCGAAAAAGUGCGACAGAUAGAGAUGGAACGUAUUGUUAGUGAACCGACUGACCGAUACAUUAUCAAGGCGAACGAUUUUAACGAUCUGACUAGCAAGAUCCCUGCGAUAAAAGAUGCAAUUCUGUUCUCCGCUAAACCGUGCUUUGAAAGUCCUUGCAAAAACAACGCUACUUGUAUAGUAUCAGGAAGCUACUACAGAUGCAAUUGUUCAGAGGGAUUUACAGGGACAAACUGCGAGAUUGCUGCUACCCCCUGUUCAUCUAGUCCUUGCAAGAAUGGCGGAAAUUGUACUGUUCAUAAUGAAUCCUACAAUUGUAGCUGUCCGCAUGGAUAUUCAGGAGUUAAUUGUGAAUAUGCUGUUCGUGUCGAUAGCUGCAUCGACAAGACCUGUUCUAAUGGCGGAAGGUGCAUUAACACCACCUAUUCCUACUCUUGCGAGUGUCCGUUAGUCUAUUCCGGGAAGCACUGCGACGAUCCAUGCAGACAGUUAUUUGAUGUUAUCUUCCUUGUCGACGGUUCCGCAAGUGUUAACAGCAAGGAUUCUUCUGCGUUUUCUACGGCACUCCAACUGGUCAGGGAAAUGUCUAAGGGCUUCAAUGUCUCGGAUGCCGGGGUCAGGAUUGCUCUCACUAUCUACUCUUUGACGCAACAGACUGCAAUAGAACUAGAGGCAAACAACACCCAGUCUGACAUUACAUCUAUCACAUCGGGGCUGUCACCCCAUAGCGGCGACUCACGCACUGGCGAGGCACUUAACUAUGUAAGGGCCUACUUCCUUCCGAAAUCACGCGAUGAAGUUCCUACAGUCGUUAUCGUGGUAACAGACGGAGUGUCUCAAGAUUACGUUGACACUCCAGCCAAUAAGCUUCGCGCGCAGAAUGUGACUAUAAUCUCGGUGCAUAUCGGUGAAAAGGGAGACGAAAAAGAGUUAAACAGCAUUGCUGAUGAUCCUGACGGUGAACACCGUUUUGAGAUUGGCAGCAGUGUUAACUUAUCUUCUAUUAUUCCUCAACUACGGGACCGGAUUUGCGCUGUGACAAGACCUUGCAGCAAGAACAACAACAAAUGUCUACGAGGAAAAUGUGUUCCUAAACUGGACAACUUCGUUUGCGUUUGCCCAGAGGGCUGGGUAGGAGAGCUAUGCCAAACACCUUUGCGACUGAACGUCGGUAUUCUUCUUGUGAGGGCGAAAUCUGUUACCGAACAAAUGUUCAAGCAAGAGAAGGAAUUUGCCAAACGUAUUGCUGAGGCUCUUAGCGGGCUUCCUAGAGAGAUUCGUCUUUCCGUUGCUCCAUACAGCAACGUAGCUGAUAUCAGUAUACCAUUCACCACUUUCACACAAGAACCCAAGAAUGUGCUUCGGGAAAACAUUGAUAAAAUUACAUUCCUUGGAAGUGACAAGCGAAAUAUAGGCAGCGCCCUUAACACCAGCUUCUAUGAGAUGUUCAACUUUACUAAAAAUCCUGGAGACCAAAACAUCCUAAUUGUAUUGGUAGACGGACCGUCGACAGACGAGGUUCUUACGGCAGAACUAGUCAAAGCAGCUGCAGAGAAAAACGUCACUAUCAUAGCUAUUGCAAUUGGUAAUGAAACGCGAACAAUGGAGAUCAAUCGUUUUGUCAGCUCUCCUAAAGACAAUCAUAAAAUUAUCUCAAGAAACUUCAGUGAACUUCCAAACGAAAAUGUCAUUAGUAAAGCCAAUCAAACCGUAUGGAGUGUUGUGAAGCCUUGUGAGUCGAAUCCUUGCAUGAAUGAGGCUAAGUGUACGGAGAUGAUCCGGGACUUUCAAUGCGAAUGUAGUGCUGAGUUCACUGGAAAGAACUGCGAAUUACGAAAAACCAACUGCUCAUCAAAUCCCUGUCAAAACGGUGGAACAUGUAACGUCACUGAUACCGGCUACAAAUGCGAAUGUUUUGUUGGAUAUAUUGGUAAAGAAUGCGAAAACGUGUCAUCCGUGGAUAACUGUGGAAAUCAGACAUGUUCAGGUCGCGGAAAUUGCAUUAGUCAAGUUUCAUCGUAUCUAUGCAACUGCACCACCGACUAUUCAGGGAAAGACUGCCUACAAUUGUGCCGACAGUACUUUGAUAUCAUCUUCCUCGUGGACGGAUCCUCUAGUAUUGUCAGCAAGGACUCCUCUACCUUUUCAAAAGGUUUUAGUCUGGCCAAACAGCUCUCAAGUACCUUUACUGUAUCCGAUGAAGCUGUCAGAGUUGGUAUUGCGGUGUACUCCUCGAAUAUCUUGUCCGUAAUACCACUUCAUUCGAAUAACACGGUUGCGGAGAUAGCCUCUGUAAAUCCUGAUGUGCCAUUUGGAAACACGUACUCGGGAGGGGCACUGAAUUUUACACGUGAUGUCUUCACUACAAAGACACGUGAAUUUAUUCCAAAGGUGGUUGUUUUGGUAACGGAUGGUGUGUCUCAUGAUAAUUAUAAGGCACCGGCUAAAGCGUUGCAUGACCUCAAUGCGACUGUGAUCACUGUCCAUAUAGGCGAGGAGGGAGAUGAAGAGGAACUGAAUGCAAUUUCUAGUGAUCCGGAUAAGGAACACAAAUUCAGCAUCGGCAAAAACAGCGACGUGUCGACUAUUUUGCCUUCGUUGCGUGACAAGAUCUGCAAUGUCACUAGCCCGUGUGCUACGAAUUAUUGCGAGCGAGGCAUUUGUGAAGCUAGCCUGAAGGGUUUUACAUGUGUGUGUCCUGAAGGUUGGAGGGGAAAACUUUGCCGUAUCCCGAUUAGACUUAAUGUUGGUAUCCUAAUUAUUGAUGCUGCACAGAAAGUUGAUACGGAUAAGGAAAAGGAAUUCAUCAAAGAACUCGCCCAGACCCUUGAUGAGCUCCCCAGACAACUCCGUAUUGCUGUGGCUUCAUACAGCAAAGAUAUCGGGACGCCAUACAUACCGUUUACAGUAUACGACAACAAGACUAGACAGAUAUUUGAUGACAUUGAUAACAUAAUAUUUGAAAGAAGAGAAGAGAGAAAUAUCGGCAAUGCGUUGAAUUUUAGUUUCUAUCAGAUGUUCAACUUUACAGAGGAACCUGGAGACCACAACGUGUUGAUUGUAUUAGUAGACGGAAAAUCAACAGACAAGAUUCCAACAACAGCGAAAGCGAACCUUACCAUUAUAGCCCUCAAUAUUGGCAGCGGAUCGCCAUUGGAGGAUAUCAUACACUUCGCCAGUGCACCGAGCGAGGAGUUCAUUGUCAACUCAACACAUUUCAAGGAUCUUGUAAACGAAACUCUUAUCGCCAUAAUAAACGAGACGAUCUGGAAAGUUGUGAAGCCCUGUGAUUUGAGUCCUUGUAAGAAUGGAGGGACAUGCGGAGAACAGAACACAGACUAUGUGUGCACGUGUCCUGUAGGGUUCAAAGGCAAGAACUGUGAAGAUAUCAAUAAGUGUAAGUCUUCUCCAUGUGAGAAUGGUGGAACCUGUAUCGACAGAGCCAACCGGUACUACUGCAAGUGCCCAGUUUCUCAUGUUGGCAAACACUGUGAGACGAAUUUCACUGAUCCCGGAAUUGACGUUCUCUUCCUGUUGGAUGGCUCAACUAAUGUCGGGACGGAGAACUUUGGAAAGUUCAUUAACUUUACCGUACAGUUUAUUCAGCCAUUCACAGUAUCCGAAAAUAUGACAAACGUUGCAGCGGGCGUGUUCUCUGAUGUGGGCGAAAUAGUUUUUCCCUUUAAUUCGAGUUACAACAAAGCUUCGGUAAUUGUUGCUCUGGAGAAGAUUCCUUAUCCCAACAAAACUUCCAGUAACCUGAAUGAUGCACUAACAAAAGCUAAGGAUGUUGCCUUUAUGAGUGACCGUGAUUCUGCUCCAGACGUCGUGGUCAUUCUGACCGACAAGAUAACGGAAAACGUAACGGUACCCGCCCAAGCGCUGAAGGAUGAUGGAGUAAAGGUGUAUCUGAUUGUGAUAGGCGAGGGCAGAAACGAAACUUUGCUAAGAAACGUACCAUCUGAACCAGAGAAAGAUCAUUUGUUCACUCCCCCGUCCUUUGAUGAGCUCGACUUGAUGUUGCCAGAGAUCCUCAUUGAAAUAAUUGCUGUGUCUGAUGCAUGCGAACCCAACCCGUGUGCAAACGGUGGAACGUGCAGCCGAAUCUCUUCUGGUUCCAACUACACUUGCACUUGCCCUGUCGGAUAUACUGGGAGAAAUUGCACUGUUGACAUCGAUAAGUGUACCCCUAAUCCAUGUAAGAAUGGUGGAACCUGUAUCGACAGAGGCUACCGAAACUACUGCAAGUGCCCAGUUUCUCAUGUUGGCAAAAGCUGUGACACAAAUUUCAUUGAUCCCGGAAUUGACGUUCUCUUCCUGUUGGAUGGCUCAACUAAUGUCGGGAAGGAGAACUUUGGAAAGUUCAUUAACUUUACCGUACAGUUUAUUCAGCCAUUCACAGUAUCCGAAAAUAUGACAAACGUUGCAGCGGGCGUGUUCUCUGAUGUGGGCGAAAUUGUUUUUCCCUUUAAUUCGAGUUACAACAAAGCCUCGGUAAUUGUUGCUCUGGAGAAGAUUCUUUAUCCCAACAAAACUUCCAGUAACCUGACUGAUGCACUUACAAAAGCUAAGGAUGUUGCCUUUAUGAGUGACCGUGAUUCUGCUCCGGACGUCGUGGUCAUUCUGACCGACAAGAUAACGGAAAACGUAACGGUACCCGCCCAAGCGCUGAAGGAUGAUGGAGUAAAGGUUUAUCUGAUUGCGAUAGGCGAGGGCAGAAACGAAACUUUGCUAAGAAACGUACCAUCUGAACCAGAGAAAGAUCAUUUGUUCACUCCCCCGUCCUUUGAUGAGCUCGACUUGAUGUUGCCAGAGAUCCUCAUUGAAAUAAUUGCUGUGUCUGAUGCAUGCGAACCCAACCCGUGUGCAAACGGUGGAACGUGCAGCCGAAUCUCUUCUGGUUCCAACUACACUUGCACUUGCCCUGUCGGAUAUAGUGGGAGAAAUUGCACUGUUGACAUCGAUAAGUGUACCCCUAAUCCAUGUAAGAAUGGUGGAACCUGUAUCGACAGAGGCUACCGAAACUACUGCAAGUGCCCAGUUUCUCAUGUUGGCAAAAGCUGUGACACAAAUUUCAUUGAUCCCGGAAUUGACGUUCUCUUCCUGUUGGAUGGCUCAACUAAUGUCGGGAAGGAGAACUUUGGAAAGUUCAUUAACUUUACCGUACAGUUUAUUCAGCCAUUCACAGUAUCCGAAAAUAUGACAAACGUUGCAGCGGGCGUGUUCUCUGAUGUGGGCGAAAUAGUUUUUCCCUUUAAUUCGAGUUACAACAAAGCUUCGGUAAUUGUUGCUCUGGAGAAGAUUCUUUAUCCCAACAAAACUUCCAGUAACCUGACUGAUGCACUAACAAAAGCUAAGGAUGUAGCCUUCAUGGGUGACCGUGAUUCUGCUCCGGACGUCGUGGUCAUUCUGACCGACAAGAUAACGGAAAACGUAACGGUACCCGCCCAAGCGCUGAAGGAUGAUGGAGUAAAGGUGUAUCUGAUUGCGAUAGGCGAGGGCAGAAACGAAACUUUGCUAAGAAACGUACCAUCUGAACCAGAGAAAGAUCAUUUGUUCACUCCCCCGUCCUUUGAUGAGCUCGACUUGAUGUUGCCAGAGAUCCUCAUUGAAAUAAUUGCUGUGUCUGAUGCAUGCGAACCCAACCCGUGUGCAAACGGUGGAACGUGCAGCCGAAUCUCUUCUGGUUCCAACUACACUUGCACUUGCCCUGUCAGAUAUAGUGGGAGAAAUUGCACUGUUGACAUCGAUAAGUGUACCCCUAAUCCAUGUAAGAAUGGUGGAACCUGUAUCGACAGAGGCUACCGAAACUACUGCAAGUGCCCAGUUUCUCAUGUUGGCAAAAGCUGUGACACAAAUUUCAUUGAUCCCGGAAUUGACGUUCUCUUCCUGUUGGAUGGCUCAACUAAUGUCGGGAAGGAGAACUUUGGAAAGUUCAUUAACUUUACCGUACAGUUUAUUCAGCCAUUCACAGUAUCCGAAAAUAUGACAAACGUUGCAGCGGGCGUGUUCUCUGAUGUGGGCGAAAUAGUUUUUCCCUUUAAUUCGAGUUACAACAAAGCUUCGGUAAUUGUUGCUCUGGAGAAGAUUCUUUAUCCCAACAAAACUUCCAGUAACCUGACUGAUGCACUAACAAAAGCUAAGGAUGUAGCCUUCAUGGGUGACCGUGAUUCUGCUCCGGACGUCGUGGUCAUUCUGACCGACAAGAUAACGGAAAACGUAACGGUACCCGCCCAAGCGCUGAAGGAUGAUGGAGUAAAGGUGUAUCUGAUUGCGAUAGGCGAGGGCAGAAACGAAACUUUGCUAAGAAACGUACCAUCUGAACCAGAGAAAGAUCAUUUGGUCACUCCCCCGUCCUUUGAUGAGCUCGACUUGAUGUUGCCAGAGAUCCUCAUUGAAAUAAUUGCUGUGUCUGAUGCAUGCGAACCCAACCCGUGUGCAAACGGUGGAACGUGCAGCCGAAUCUCUUCUGGUUCCAACUACACUUGCACUUGCCCUGUCGGAUAUACUGGGAGAAAUUGCACUGUUGACAUCGAUAAGUGUACCCCUAAUCCAUGUAAGAAUGGUGGAACCUGUAUCGACAGAGGCUACCGAAACUACUGCAAGUGCCCAGUUUCUCAUGUUGGCAAAAGCUGUGACACAACUUUCAUUGAUCCCGGAAUUGACGUUCUCUUCCUGUUGGAUGGCUCAACUAAUGUCGGGAAGGAGAACUUUGGAAAGUUCAUUAACUUUACCGUACAGUUUAUUCAGCCAUUCACAGUAUCCGAAAAUAUGACAAACGUUGCAGCGGGCGUGUUCUCUGAUGUGGGCGAAAUUGUUUUUCCCUUUAAUUCGAGUUACAACAAAGCUUCGGUAAUUGUUGCUCUGGAGAAGAUUCUUUAUCCCAACAAAACUUCCAGUAACCUGACUGAUGCACUUACAAAAGCUAAGGAUGUUGCCUUUAUGAGUGACCGUGAUUCUGCUCCGGACGUCGUGGUCAUUCUGACCGACAAGAUAACGGAAAACGUAACGGUACCCGCCCAAGCGCUGAAGGAUGAUGGAGUAAAGGUGUAUCUGAUUGCGAUAGGCGAGGGCAGAAACGAAACUUUGCUAAGAAACGUACCAUCUGAACCAGAGAAAGAUCAUUUGUUCACUCCCCCGUCCUUUGAUGAGCUCGACUUGAUGUUGCCAGAGAUCCUCAUUGAAAUAAUUGCUGUGUCUGAUGCAUGCGAACCCAACCCGUGUGCAAACGGUGGAACGUGCAGCCGAAUCUCUUCUGGUUCCAACUACACUUGCACUUGCCCUGUCGGAUAUAGUGGGAGAAAUUGCACUGUUGACAUCGAUAAGUGUACCCCUAAUCCAUGUAAGAAUGGUGGAACCUGUAUCGACAGAGGCUACCGAAACUACUGCAAGUGCCCAGUUUCUCAUGUUGGCAAAAGCUGUGACACAAAUUUCAUUGAUCCCGGAAUUGACGUUCUCUUCCUGUUGGAUGGCUCAACUAAUGUCGGGAAGGAGAACUUUGGAAAGUUCAUUAACUUUACCGUACAGUUUAUUCAGCCAUUCACAGUAUCCGAAAAUAUGACAAACGUUGCAGCGGGCGUGUUCUCUGAUGUGGGCGAAAUAGUUUUUCCCUUUAAUUCGAGUUACAACAAAGCUUCGGUAAUUGUUGCUCUGGAGAAGAUUCUUUAUCCCAACAAAACUUCCAGUAACCUGACUGAUGCACUAACAAAAGCUAAGGAUGUAGCCUUCAUGGGUGACCGUGAUUCUGCUCCGGACGUCGUGGUCAUUCUGACCGACAAGAUAACGGAAAACGUAACGGUACCCGCCCAAGCGCUGAAGGAUGAUGGAGUAAAGGUGUUUCUGAUUGCGAUAGGCGAGGGCAGAAACGAAACUUUGCUAAGAAACGUACCAUCUGAACCAGAGAAAGAUCAUUUGUUCACUCCCCCGUCCUUUGAUGAGCUCGACUUGAUGUUGCCAGAGAUCCUCAUUGAAAUAAUUGCUGUGUCUGAUGCAUGCGAACCCAACCCGUGUGCAAACGGUGGAACGUGCAGCCGAAUCUCUUCUGGUUCCAACUACACUUGCACUUGCCCUGUCGGAUAUAGUGGGAGAAAUUGCACUGUUGACAUCGAUAAGUGUACCCCUAAUCCAUGUAAGAAUGGUGGAACCUGUAUCGACAGAGGCUACCGAAACUACUGCAAGUGCCCAUUUUCUCAUGUUGGCAAAAGCUGUGACACAAAUUUCAUUGAUCCCGGAAUUGACGUUCUCUUCCUGUUGGAUGGCUCAACUAAUGUCGGGAAGGAGAACUUUGGAAAGUUCAUUAACUUUACCGUACAGUUUAUUCAGCCAUUCACAGUAUCCGAAAAUAUGACAAACGUUGCAGCGGGCGUGUUCUCUGAUGUGGGCGAAAUAGUUUUUCCCUUUAAUUCGAGUUACAACAAAGCUUCGGUAAUUGUUGCUCUGGAGAAGAUUCUUUAUCCCAACAAAACUUCCAGUAACCUGACUGAUGCACUAACAAAAGCUAAGGAUGUAGCCUUCAUGGGUGACCGUGAUUCUGCUCCGGACGUCGUGGUCAUUCUGACCGACAAGAUAACGGAAAACGUAACGGUACCCGCCCAAGCGCUGAAGGAUGAUGGAGUAAAGGUGUAUCUGAUUGCGAUAGGCGAGGGCAGAAACGAAACUUUGCUAAGAAAUGUACCAUCUGAACCAGAGAAAGAUCAUUUGUUCACUCCCCCGUCCUUUGAUGAGCUCGACUUGAUGUUGCCAGAGAUCCUCAUUGAAAUAAUUGCUGUGUCUGAUGCAUGCGAACCCAACCCGUGUGCAAACGGUGGAACGUGCAGCCGAAUCUCUUCUGGUUCCAACUACACUUGCACUUGCCCUGUCGGAUAUAGUGGGAGAAAUUGCACUGUUGACAUCGAUAAGUGUACCCCUAAUCCAUGUAAGAAUGGUGGAACCUGUAUCGACAGAGGCUACCGAAACUACUGCAAGUGCCCAUUUUCUCAUGUUGGCAAAAGCUGUGACACAACUUUCAUUGAUCCCGGAAUUGACGUUCUCUUCCUGUUGGAUGGCUCAACUAAUGUCGGGAAGGAGAACUUUGGAAAGUUCAUUAACUUUACCGUACAGUUUAUUCAGCCAUUCACAGUAUCCGAAAAUAUGACAAACGUUGCAGCGGGCGUGUUCUCUGAUGUGGGCGAAAUUGUUUUUCCCUUUAAUUCGAGUUACAACAAAGCUUCGGUAAUUGUUGCUCUGGAGAAGAUUCUUUAUCCCAACAAAACUUCCAGUAACCUGACUGAUGCACUUACAAAAGCUAAGGAUGUUGCCUUUAUGAGUGACCGUGAUUCUGCUCCGGACGUCGUGGUCAUUCUGACCGACAAGAUAACGGAAAACGUAACGGUACCCGCCCAAGCGCUGAAGGAUGAUGGAGUAAAGGUGUAUCUGAUUGCGAUAGGCGAGGGCAGAAACGAAACUUUGCUAAGAAACGUACCAUCUGAACCAGAGAAAGAUCAUUUGUUCACUCCCCCGUCCUUUGAUGAGCUCGACUUGAUGUUGCCAGAGAUCCUCAUUGAAAUAAUUGCUGUGUCUGAUGCAUGCGAACCCAACCCGUGUGCAAACGGUGGAACGUGCAGCCGAAUCUCUUCUGGUUCCAACUACACUUGCACUUGCCCUGUCGGAUAUAGUGGGAGAAAUUGCACUGUUGACAUCGAUAAGUGUACCCCUAAUCCAUGUAAGAAUGGUGGAACCUGUAUCGACAGAGGCUACCGAAACUACUGCAAGUGCCCAGUUUCUCAUGUUGGCAAAAGCUGUGACACAAAUUUCAUUGAUCCCGGAAUUGACGUUCUCUUCCUGUUGGAUGGCUCAACUAAUGUCGGGAAGGAGAACUUUGGAAAGUUCAUUAACUUUACCGUACAGUUUAUUCAGCCAUUCACAGUAUCCGAAAAUAUGACAAACGUUGCAGCGGGCGUGUUCUCUGAUGUGGGCGAAAUAGUUUUUCCCUUUAAUUCGAGUUACAACAAAGCUUCGGUAAUUGUUGCUCUGGAGAAGAUUCUUUAUCCCAACAAAACUUCCAGUAACCUGACUGAUGCACUAACAAAAGCUAAGGAUGUAGCCUUCAUGGGUGACCGUGAUUCUGCUCCGGACGUCGUGGUCAUUCUGACCGACAAGAUAACGGAAAACGUAACGGUACCCGCCCAAGCGCUGAAGGAUGAUGGAGUAAAGGUGUAUCUGAUUGCGAUAGGCGAGGGCAGAAACGAAACUUUGCUAAGAAACGUACCAUCUGAACCAGAGAAAGAUCAUUUGUUCACUCCCCCGUCCUUUGAUGAGCUCGACUUGAUGUUGCCAGAGAUCCUCAUUGAAAUAAUUGCUGUGUCUGAUGCAUGCGAACCCAACCCGUGUGCAAACGGUGGAACGUGCAGCCGAAUCUCUUCUGGUUCCAACUACACUUGCACUUGCCCUGUCGGAUAUAGUGGGAGAAAUUGCACUGUUGACAUCGAUAAGUGUACCCCUAAUCCAUGUAAGAAUGGUGGAACCUGUAUCGACAGAGGCUACCGAAACUACUGCAAGUGCCCAGUUUCUCAUGUUGGCAAAAGCUGUGACACAAAUUUCAUUGAUCCCGGAAUUGACGUUCUCUUCCUGUUGGAUGGCUCAACUAAUGUCGGGAAGAAGAACUUUGGAAAGUUCAUUAACUUUACCGUACAGUUUAUUCAGCCAUUCACAGUAUCCGAAAAUAUGACAAACGUUGCAGCGGGCGUGUUCUCUGAUGUGGGCGAAAUAGUUUUUCCCUUUAAUUCGAGUUACAACAAAGCUUCGGUAAUUGUUGCUCUGGAGAAGAUUCUUUAUCCCAACAAAACUUCCAGUAACCUGACUGAUGCACUAACAAAAGCUAAGGAUGUAGCCUUCAUGGGUGACCGUGAUUCUGCUCCGGACGUCGUGGUCAUUCUGACCGACAAGAUAACGGAAAACGUAACGGUACCCGCCCAAGCGCUGAAGGAUGAUGGAGUAAAGGUGUAUCUGAUUGCGAUAGGCGAGGGCAGAAACGAAACUUUGCUAAGAAACGUACCAUCUGAACCAGAGAAAGAUCAUUUGUUCACUCCCCCGUCCUUUGAUGAGCUCGACUUGAUGUUGCCAGAGAUCCUCAUUGAAAUAAUUGCUGUGUCUGAUGCAUGCGAACCCAACCCGUGUGCAAACGGUGGAACGUGCACCCGAAUCUCUUCUGGUUCCAACUACACUUGCACUUGCCCUGUCGGAUAUAGUGGGAGAAAUUGCACUGUUGACAUCGAUAAGUGUACCCCUAAUCCAUGUAAGAAUGGUGGAACCUGUAUCGACAGAGGCUACCGAAACUACUGCAAGUGCCCAUUUUCUCAUGUUGGCAAAAGCUGUGACACAACUUUCAUUGAUCCCGGAAUUGACGUUCUCUUCCUGUUGGAUGGCUCAACUAAUGUCGGGAAGGAGAACUUUGGAAAGUUCAUUAACUUUACCGUACAGUUUAUUCAGCCAUUCACAGUAUCCGAAAAUAUGACAAACGUUGCAGCGGGCGUGUUCUCUGAUGUGGGCGAAAUUGUUUUUCCCUUUAAUUCGAGUUACAACAAAGCUUCGGUAAUUGUUGCUCUGGAGAAGAUUCUUUAUCCCAACAAAACUUCCAGUAACCUGACUGAUGCACUUAAAAAAGCUAAGGAUGUUGCCUUUAUGAGUGACCGUGAUUCUGCUCCGGACGUCGUGGUCAUUCUGACCGACAAGAUAACGGAAAACGUAACGGUACCCGCCCAAGCGCUGAAGGAUGAUGGAGUAAAGGUGUAUCUGAUUGCGAUAGGCGAGGGCAGAAACGAAACUUUGCUAAGAAACGUACCAUCUGAACCAGAGAAAGAUCAUUUGUUCACUCCCCCGUCCUUUGAUGAGCUCGACUUGAUGUUGCCAGAGAUCCUCAUUGAAAUAAUUGCUGUGUCUGAUGCAUGCGAACCCAACCCGUGUGCAAACGGUGGAACGUGCAGCCGAAUCUCUUCUGGUUCCAACUACACUUGCACUUGCCCUGUCGGAUAUAGUGGGAGAAAUUGCACUGUUGACAUCGAUAAGUGUACCCCUAAUCCAUGUAAGAAUGGUGGAACCUGUAUCGACAGAGGCUACCGAAACUACUGCAAGUGCCCAGUUUCUCAUGUUGGCAAAAGCUGUGACACAACUUUCAUUGAUCCCGGAAUUGACGUUCUCUUCCUGUUGGAUGGCUCAACUAAUGUCGGGAAGGAGAACUUUGGAAAGUUCAUUAACUUUACCGUACAGUUUAUUCAGCCAUUCACAGUAUCCGAAAAUAUGACAAACGUUGCAGCGGGCGUGUUCUCUGAUGUGGGCGAAAUUGUUUUUCCCUUUAAUUCGAGUUACAACAAAGCCUCGGUAAUUGUUGCUCUGGAGAAGAUUCUUUAUCCCAACAAAACUUCCAGUAACCUGACUGAUGCACUUACAAAAGCUAAGGAUGUUGCCUUUAUGAGUGACCGUGAUUCUGCUCCGGACGUCGUGGUCAUUCUGACCGACAAGAUAACGGAAAACGUAACGGUACCCGCCCAAGCGCUGAAGGAUGAUGGAGUAAAGGUUUAUCUGAUUGCGAUAGGCGAGGGCAGAAACGAAACUUUGCUAAGAAACGUACCAUCUGAACCAGAGAAAGAUCAUUUGUUCACUCCCCCGUCCUUUGAUGAGCUCGACUUGAUGUUGCCAGAGAUCCUCAUUGAAAUAAUUGCUGUGUCUGAUGCAUGCGAACCCAACCCGUGUGCAAACGGUGGAACGUGCAGCCGAAUCUCUUCUGGUUCCAACUACACUUGCACUUGCCCUGUCGGAUAUAGUGGGAGAAAUUGCACUGUUGACAUCGAUAAGUGUACCCCUAAUCCAUGUAAGAAUGGUGGAACCUGUAUCGACAGAGGCUACCGAAACUACUGCAAGUGCCCAGUUUCUCAUGUUGGCAAAAGCUGUGACACAAAUUUCAUUGAUCCCGGAAUUGACGUUCUCUUCCUGUUGGAUGGCUCAACUAAUGUCGGGAAGGAGAACUUUGGAAAGUUCAUUAACUUUACCGUACAGUUUAUUCAGCCAUUCACAGUAUCCGAAAAUAUGACAAACGUUGCAGCGGGCGUGUUCUCUGAUGUGGGCGAAAUAGUUUUUCCCUUUAAUUCGAGUUACAACAAAGCUUCGGUAAUUGUUGCUCUGGAGAAGAUUCUUUAUCCCAACAAAACUUCCAGUAACCUGACUGAUGCACUAACAAAAGCUAAGGAUGUAGCCUUCAUGGGUGACCGUGAUUCUGCUCCGGACGUCGUGGUCAUUCUGACCGACAAGAUAACGGAAAACGUAACGGUACCCGCCCAAGCGCUGAAGGAUGAUGGAGUAAAGGUGUAUCUGAUUGCGAUAGGCGAGGGCAGAAACGAAACUUUGCUAAGAAACGUACCAUCUGAACCAGAGAAAGAUCAUUUGUUCACUCCCCCGUCCUUUGAUGAGCUCGACUUGAUGUUGCCAGAGAUCCUCAUUGAAAUAAUUGCUGUGUCUGAUGCAUGCGAACCGAACCCGUGUGCAAAUGGUGGAACGUGCAGCCGAAUCUCUUCUGGUUCCAACUACACUUGCACUUGCCCUGUCGGAUAUACUGGGAGAAAUUGCACAGUUGUGUCUGAUCCAUGCCAACCCACGCCGUGUGCGAACGGUGGAACGUGCAGCCGAAUAUCGUCGGGUUCCAACUACACUUGCACUUGCUAUGCUGGAUACACUGGAAAGAAUUGCACAGAUGAUGUGGAUGAAUGCAAGUCAAACAACAGCUGUAGCGCUGAACAGAUGUGUGUCAACAUUUAUGGUGGUUAUAAUUGCUCCUGCAAAACCGGCUACUACGGCGAGAAUUGCACUUUGGAAUGCUCCAAGAAGGUCGACAUAGGAUUCCUAUUUGAUGGAACAAAAGAUGUCGAUAUGUCAUACAAGGGUAACUUCCAGCAGAGCCUGUCCCUGGCCACAACACUCAGCCAGCUGUUUGACAUUUCUAACGCAUCCGCCAGGAUUGCAGUCGCUGUCUACUCCAAUUACACGGACAGCUCUUUUAGCUUUGAUUCCCAUCUUACGCAUGCGAGCCUUAGAAACGCGAUAGAGAAGAUCGUGUACCCUAAUGGUGACCCGAGAAAUAUAGGAGCAGCCCUAAACAACUCCAUGCGGCAGCUCUACAACGAACCCCGACCACGGGUACCACGUGUUCUUAUCGUCACUGCACAUGAUCGCUCAAGUGAUGGCGUCUACGUUGCUUCUGAUAUGAUGCGAAGAAAUGGCGUUAUCAUAUAUGGAAUUUCAACUGGUGGUGGUUCCGAUAAAAAGCAUCUGGAAACGAUUGCGUCGGAUCCGGAUAAUGCUCACGUGUUCAAAAAAACGUACAAAGAGUUGUCUGGAGUUGCAUUUGCCGAGAUGUUAAGAGAUUCUAUUUGUGAAGCGAUUGUGACAUGUGCAUCUGUCCAGUGUUUGAAUGGCGGUACUUGCAGUGACUUGCCAGGCGGUGGGAUUACAUGCACGUGUAGCCGUGCAUACACAGGGCCCAGAUGUGAGAUUGCAAAAGCCCCAUGUUCUGGAGCCCCCUGCAAGAAUGGUGGAAUAUGCACCGAGAAUGGCGACCUCUUCAACUGUAAUUGCACAAGUACUGGAUUUACGGGACCGACAUGCGAAGAACCGCUCUCCACGUGUGACAGCUCGCCUUGCUUGAAUGGAGGGGUCUGUAGUAAUACCGAAACUGGAUUCAGUUGCGUCUGUCCCGUUGGAUUUGCUGGCAAAACGUGUGAAAAAUCCUGCUCAUUCCAAAGACUUGAUUUGGUAUUUGUGAUAGAUGCCUCCAGCAGUAUUGAGAAUGCCGCGAUCGGAAAUUUCCAGAAAGUUCGAAAUUACGUCAAGGGAGUAAUAUCAUUGUUUAACAUUUCUCAAGAGAUGACACAUGUCGGUGUGGUAGUUUACUCUACUGAUAUCGAGACGGUAUUAAGACUGGACUCAUCUUACGACAAAGACACUCUUCUAAAAAAGAUUGACGACUUGCCAUACCUGCGAGGUUGGACGUACACCGGAAAAGCACUUGACCAAGCAAGGACAGAUGUCUUUGCCAAAAGCAACCGGAGUGACGCUACAAAAGCCCUCAUCAUAACAACUGAUGGAUUAUCUAAUGACGUAGUCGAUGUUCCUUCCAAGAAGUUGCGUGACAUAGGCGUGACUAUGCUUAGUGUUGGCGUAGGAAAUCAUUUCUCCAUCGACGAGCUGAACACCAUUGCUACUGAUCCUGACUCUGAACACGUGUUUUCUGUCGAAUUUGACACUCUUCCCAGGAUAAUCAACACCUUGAAAGACAAGAUUUGUGUCGCAUCGGACGCAUGUUCUGAAAUGCCUUGCCAGAACGGAGGCACCUGCACCAGUAUUUUUUACAAAAAUUAUACUUGCACAUGCAGGAGUGGGUUUACUGGAAAACACUGCGAAACUGUCCAGGACCUUUGCGAGAAUGCAAUAAAUAAUUGUGGCGCGAACAAAGAUUGUAUUUCUUUCCCUGGAACUUUCAAAUGCGUCUGUAAGUCUGGUUACUAUGAGCUCCCAAGCAAGGACUGUAAGCAAGUUCCGGUUGCUAUCGAAAGCCGACGAUUAAAUCUUGGAGUGCUUCUUGUAUCCUCUGACAGUGUAAAAACAGCUGGUUUCUUGAGAGAGAAAUCGUUUGUUAUCGGGGUAUCUAAGUCUUUCGAUGUAUCACCCAACAAAACCCGCAUUGGCGUGGUAAGCUACUCAUCUGAUGCACAUAUCCACUUCAAUUUCAAGAAACAUAGUAAUGUGUCGUAUGUUGAAGAAGCCAUUAAUGAUAUAUCCUUCUCUGGCGGAGCAAAACGCAAUCUCGCUAGGGGACUAGACGCGACUUUUGAAGGACUUUUCAACUUCACGGACAUCCAGCCAAGUGAUAUCAAUGCACUAAUUGUGUUAACGGAUGGACGAGCUACUGAUGAGAUCGAUAUGGCUGCUCAGAGACUUGUCAACGAAAAGAAUGUCACUAUUAUUGCUGUUGGAGCUGGUCCUCAAAUUCGUCUAGCAGAGCUGCGCCGACUAGCGGGUCUAGCUAGUGAAAGUCCACUUCUCACUCGAAGAAUAAUACAAGCUGACAGCAUGGAAGAACUAGCCAGUUUUAUACCUGCAAUAAAGGAGUCUUUGCUAACAAUAAGCGAUCCUUGUCUUUUGAGCAUGUGUAAAAGUGGUUCUACUUGCUUAAAGUCUGGUUCUGACUUCCGAUGUCAGUGUCCUUCCGGAUAUACUGGUGCACUGUGUAAUGAUGCUGUUACGCUCUGCAAUCCAAAUCCAUGUCAAAAUGGCGGCAGUUGCUCUAUCGCAGAUGGUGGAUACACGUGCGCCUGUCCCGUAGAAUAUAUUGGAAGCAAAUGUGAAACAGAUGUCAACGAGUGUGCAAGAAACCCUUGCUUCAACAAUGUUACAUGUUCCAACCAGAUAGGAUCACACUCCUGCAGUUGUCCUAUUACCAGAGGCGGCAGGAAUUGCCAGAACCUUUGCAGGCAAUACUUCGACCUGACCUUCCUUGUGGACGGCUCCUCAAGCAUCAACUCUAAAGACUCAGGGAACUUCCAGCGCGCUCUUGACUUCAUACCUUCACUAGUAAAGCAAUUCAACAUCUCGAAUGACACUGUCAACGUAGGAGUAGUCACUUAUUCUGCGAGCCAGCAAGAAAUCAUUGCGCUUCCGUCUUAUAACAACUUUUCGGAUGUAGAAAAGCUUGUAUCUAAAGUACCAUAUCUCGGCGGUAAUACACUUUCCGGCGCAGCUCUAAACUACCUGCGCUGGGAGCAUUUGCCGCAGGGCCGACAAGAUGCUCGUGACAUAGUCGUCGUGAUUACGGAUGGUGUGUCCCAGGAUUUCGUUACUACUCCAGCACGCAGACUUCAGGAAAAUGGCACGGCUGUUAUAGUGAUCGCUGUGGGAGAAAAUUAUGACAAUGAUGAACUGAAAGCCAUGGCUAGUGACCCUGACGAUACUCACGUCUUUACUGUCAAUGUCAAAGAUAUGUCGAGCAUCGUCGACAAGCUGCGAGAUCAAAUUUGCAUUGCAUCCCAUCCUUGUGCUCUGAGUCCAUGUAAGAACGGCGGUUCCUGUUCGGGAGAUUUAAGUGGCUACACGUGCACGUGCGCAUUCGGAUGGACGGGUGUCAACUGCGAGAUCCGUGAUUUCUGUGCACUCGCUUCCGUCAAUGGCCCUGCGUGCUUCAAUGGCGGCGUCUGCACUAACACGCCUACCUCGUACACUUGCACGUGCGCUAGAGGAUUCCAUGGACUACGAUGCGAAGGAGGUUGUGGUUUCCGCGAGCUUGGGAUACGCGUUCCUAAUGAGUAUCGCGUGCCGGAUAUACACAUGUCAUCCUCCUCACACAGAGACAGGAACCAUGCUGCCUUCCGAGCUAGGAUAGGGAUGCAGGAGGUCGGACGCUGGAAGUCGGCCUGGUGUGCCAGGCAAAACGAUACCAAUGCCUACAUACAAGUAUUUUUUGACAUACUGACUAACGUAUCCCAGGUGGAAAUGGAAGGGCAUAUUGAUAAUGGAGUGCCAGUUGGGGUCCAAAAGUUCUAUAUCUCAGUCAGCAACGACUCCAAGACGUGGCAGGACUACAACGAUAAAGCAGAGUUUGACAUGGGUGAUACAUUCCGUGCUAAUCGCUCCAUUCCUUACGGUUUGCUUGGAUUUUACUUCCGGUUCUAUGUGACUGAGUGGAAUACCAUAAACAAAGGCUCAAGAUGCAUGCGAAUGGCACUCUACGGUUGCAGCUAUAAUGUAUCGAUAACGACUGAUACCGGAGCGAUAGAAACGAUUACUGUCUUCACGCCUGAUUCGGUGAACCCGAAUGCUGCAGGUCUGAUGAUAGCUUCAUUCCUAGCGUCCCUGAUUAUAUCCGUUAUCUUCUUGUUUGUGCCUAGCCAGCCUCCUGCUCCGCUAUCACCACCGCCAGCGUCCCAUGCCAACGGCAAAGUGAGCUUCGUUAAUAUGAAUUCCUCAUCCGAAAACCAGUACGCAUCGAUACCAACCGAUGUACCAGGUUUCGAACAGCAAACGGUGGUCAUGGAACUUGGUCCUGAAUUCACCAAAAUCAAGUCAGAAGUCGAGUCCUCGUUGCAAGUAGAAUCCUUAGGGCCAGAAGACCCGGGACUUUUCCAAGAAGAAAACAAGAUCUUCUCAUUUAACAGAGUGAUUCAAAUAGAGAAUGAAACCUAUGAGACUUAUUUGUAGUUGAAUAUGGAGUAAAGGAAUGUGAAACCUCUUUUUUAAUGUAGGAAUCUCUCUUUUGAAAAGGGAAAGCUGUGGUAUUUCAUAGUUGUUUCCCAAAAAUGCGUGAAAUUCGACAAAAAUACCCUUUGAGUGUGUGCAAAGUUAAGUUUUAUAUGGUAUUUUACGAGUUUUUGGAAACCCUUCUAUUGAUAAGUAAGUAAUGGUUUAUUCUUUGUAGCUAGCUACAGAUAAUGUCGAAAUUACAAACAACGAUCGGUUAGAAUUAAUGCUUUUUAUGAUAAUGAUCAACCGAAUCUAAAUAGUUGUAGCUUGUUGUAAUGAUUUAGCUAGGUUUAUGACACUAAAAAAAAAACAAUAAAACUGUAUAACUUUA